AUGCCAGGUUUAGUCUCCUCUGUGGGUUUGCUGGUGAUGCUUGAGGCUCUCAUGCACGCUCACUGUCAGCGUGCUCUGUUUCUGGGGAUGACGGUGUUGGUAUCAGUGAUCACAGCUGACUCACCUGUUGCAGGUAAGAGAACACUUCUUGCUGACUCAGACAUAAUCCACUAACUGUACAGUGUGUUACAGCACCAUCACCUGUCAGGUUACUUUGUGAAAGAGCUCUUACAUGUCGCAGACACUGAGCUCAUUUGUAGUUUCACUUACCAGAGUAGAAACGCAAAACAAAUGACGUGAAGAUCAGUUUGCAGGGAAUGAGAUACCUGUAAGUGCCUGCUCUGUUAAAGCAUUGAUUUCUUUGUUAUCAUUUCUCAUCCAGAGGAUUGUGUCGGAUAGAAAUUACUUACUUGUUAUCCUUCCUGAACGGACUCUUGGAAAAAUCACCUUAAAAUGGAAUCCUUCCUCAUUUUUCGACUUUUACCGUCUCAGAGUAGACAUGCUGAGCACAAGUGCUCAUUUUCUGCAGCUCUUGGCACAGUAACCCACAUUCAAAUCAAGGAGAUGUUUGGCUGGUACAACCAUAGUCUUGUUUGUGGGCAGGGAGCAGCUGCACUGGAGCAGUCUGGGCUAUUUUGUUCUUUACUCAAGGCAAACUUAACCAGUGAGCUCCCGGUGAGCAGCGCGCUGGAUAAACCUUCAGUCCUGAGCUGUUGAAGAAGAAGAAUAAGAGAAACUUUAUUGAUCCCUGAAGAAAAAUUCAAAUUGACUCAUCUUCUUCAACUUUGUCACCCUUUUCCAUACAGCAAUGGUGCAGGUUCAGUUUUAGCUGUGUUAGGACUGAGACUAUGAAAAGGUUUUACUUUGUCUGACCUACAUUUGCAAAUACAUGCUUUACAAAUGAAAAGGUGACACACUUAAAGACAUACCAAAUUCAUACUUGAAAAACAGAAACAGUUAUAAUGGAGCUACAUUAAAGGGGUAUGUGUGUGUUUCUGAUGUGAAGUUGUAUGAGUUGCAUGUCACUCAGAAGUAUAUCAACAAAAACUGCAGUCAGCCUGGCCCCUUUACUGAAAUAGGACACCAGGGAUGCUACUGUUUUCCGCAGAAAAGAGACACCCUGCCUCUUGAAUUCACACAUUUUGAGAGACCCAAACUCAUCUUGGUUUUAAGUGUAUGCUCCUUUGAAAAUGUUUUCUUUACUUUAACAUCAGAGAGCCCUUUUGUUUUUGCACUGUUUUGCAGAGGCAACACAGUUGUGCUCUUCUGUGUGCAGUGGAAUCAGCUACUCCGGUGUGUGAUGUUCGAGUUGCUAAUAAAUUGUUGAUUUUUAUAUUUUUGCAUCUCAGCGUUGCAUAGUUUCACAUUGUUAAGGUGCAGAGCUGAAUGGCAUCCAUUGUGGCUGGUACACAACAUGUAACUCAACCUCACUUAAAAUAUACUGAAAUAUCCCUUUAGAGAAAUGUAUCUGGCUGUUUAUCGUAAUAAAUGGAAGUUAGAUAACGAUAUAAGGUGCCAUAACUCAUUUAACCUGAGAUAAAAAUCCAAACCUUUCGAUCUUUAGCAUGCUGCCAAUUUUUAGGGUAGAUAUUCACGUCUGAUGGCAACACUCACAGAUAUUUUCUGAAUCUGCUCUAUUAUCUUGAUAUGUAUAUUAUGUAAUAUUGUGUUUUCCCAAAAUCCCCCAAACCACUCACAGUUAGAUUAAUAAAAAACACAGUGACUAACUCAUCUCUGGCCCACUUUAGUCAUUGAAGGGGCUCUGUCUCUGCAGCACACAGUUUAUUCACUUUAAUUUCCUGUAAUUAGAGAAAGAGAAAGCCUUUAAUGUCUCCACUUGAUGUUUUCCCCCUCAGGCUUCCUUUUAUAUUCAGUGACAAGAUCAUUAAAACACCCCCUCCUCCCCACACAAACUAAAAGUAGAGAAGAAAAGUAGAGAAGAAAAGUAAGUAAAAAAGUGAAAAAGAAAAAGAAACAAUGUAAGAGCCAAAAUCUUAUGAUGUCAUAUUUCAGUUAUAGGUUUUUAAAUCUUAAAGCUCUACAGUUAGAUUAAUCAGAUCAAAUCACAUGGUUGUAGAUAUUCAACAUUAUGAAAACCAUGAAUAUGCUUUUUUUCAGAUUUCAACCAUACUGUGCAUGUUUAGAAACUCUUGUAUUCAUAAGAAUAAGUGUAAUUAUUUUAGCUGUUGGUGUUAAUCUUUUUGUUUUACGUCUAUCUCAUGUUGGUUAAAGUUGCUGCAAGGAACUGCUGGUUUUAAGUUGAUUUUUGCUCGUCCUGUGAGAACAAAAGUAUAUUUUACCACCACUGAUUUAGUCCUGUACAUCUCAUGGUUGUGUUUUUAUGCCGAGAGAUCUCAGAAAGAUUCAAUUAAUGUUGAAAAUGUAACAAAAGGCAGUUACUCCAGCAUGCUGUUACUCCAGCAUGCCGGACACUCACCUUUCUUGCAGCAGAUUCAGAUGCUGAAAACUAGGAUAUAAAAAUGGCUUGUCACUGAUGGUCCUAUUGUUUUUGUGGGUCAUGGAGCAGCUUCAGUAUCUAUUUCUACCAAAGUUCAUAAGUAUUUCUACUUACUCUGAUGCUUUGCUCGUUUGGCUGUGGUGUAAAAAAGUGUUUGGUAAAAGUUGAAAUCAAGCACACGUGGCAUCGUCGCUUAAUUUGUUCACAGGCUUUGCCAGGUUUGUUUCAUAUCUUUCCUAAAGCAGGGAGCUGUUUUAGGCUGAUAUUCAUUUGUGGUUUGGAUGAUCACAGUGAGCUAAAAGCGGCUCAGUAAGGAGUUGUUUUCCAAUCUGGAAACCACUGCAUCACAUGAGAAUUAAUUUACCAGCCAUGUUUGGACAGAUUUCACACGACUUCAUGCUGUCCUAAAUUAGCCUGUCCCUUCUGAGGCACUCUGAAUUUGGGCAUCAGGGAUUGGCCUUGAUUUUUUUUUUUUUAGUAAUUUAUCCAAAUUAACAGAGGGAAAGAAACCACAUUCAUUAAUGUAACAUGUAGCAAAUACUUGAAGUUUUGACAGAUUAAAGAUUAUAACUGGCCUGUAAUUUUGGCUAAUUUAAAUCACUGUUCCUUAUCAGUAUACUGGUGGGUUUGAAGUCCCAUUGAAACAUAAAUUCAAUGAUACUCAAAUGUUGUCAAAAAUAUACUGUCAAAUACAAACAAAGAUCCAUUUCAGAGAUCUUUGGUCUGAUGGAUUAGUCUCUGCUUGUGAUUUGUGUAAUCUAGGAUUUGGAUUUGGUUGGAGAAAUUUUUAUGACCUGGUUCCACCUCCGAGGAGAGCAUGCGUUGUUAGCUUUCGUGAACUAUUUCAUGACUCGUUUUUGACUGCUUUCCUUUAAGCCUUGCAUGCUUCAACAGCAGUUAAUCCAGUUUUAACUAAUAGAAGCUCUCAUCGGCUUUGUUAACAAGGUUUGUUUGAUUAAUUGGCUAUUUUAGGUGCUUCUGUAAGAUUGGAAACAACUGGAAGAGUACAAGCUGCUGUAGGGACUCCAAGUAUGAACCAAGUUUGGACAUAAGAGGUGCCAGUUCACUUCCUAAACACUGAUGAAGUGCCCCUGAGCAAGUGGCUGUAUCUGCAAUGAAUUUCCUGUGAGGAUGAUUAUUAAAGAAUAUGGUUUUAUUCUUAUUUAUUCCAGGGCAGAAUCAUUCCUUAUCUGGUUUUAAUUUUGUCCGUUCAUUUGUGAUAACAAACAAGAUGAAGACACAAAUGCAUUUAAUUUUAAAGUACCUAAUCAAGUAUGAACAUAGCUUUAUUUGGCUAAAUCAUUUGUUAAUUAUCUCUUGGUUGGAGGUGAAACAGUAACUCACUAACAAGAAGCUCAACCUGCUCUUUGAAAUCAGCGUCAGUAUUUUCUACAUUUUUAUCAGGGCUGUCAAACUAUGCGCAUUUCUUUCUUACCAGUGUCUUGAUUUGAGAAUCAAUGAAGUUAAAUUUACUUCAGGAUCUUGUCUUUCUUAUUUAUUAUUCAAAUACAUGCAAUACUGCUUCACCAGUCAGUCUUCCUGUCCUGUAUUUUUUAGAACUUCAUAAAAAUUUUUAGAAAAUCGGCUGAUUAAUCGGUAAUCAGAUUUUUCCCCCCCUAAUAAUCGGCAUCGGCCCCAAAAAAUCCAUAUCGGUCAGGCCCUAGUAUUAGACAACUUUGAAGUGCUUAUUUGGCCAAAUACAGCAGGGAGGUUUUAAGCAAAGAAGAAGAAAGUCCAAUCAGUGUCAGUCAUUUCAAGAUAGUUUUGACCAUCCAGCACCAAUCAAUAAGUCGACCAGUUGACUAGGUCUUUACAGCCCUAGACAUAUGACUGGUCACAACAUGCCAACCCAAUGAUGCCCCUUGGAUCUGAGUCCUCCACAAUGCUGACUGGCCAGCAUUCAUUUAACAAGCUGCCACUUAUUUAGCAAAGACUGGAGUUAAACAGCUUUGAUUCAGUUUCAUUUACAGGUCUGUGGUAACUCUUUAGCUGCACCUGUAUGCUUAGCUAACAGGUGGUUGCUCAAAUGUCAAGCGCUUCGGUAAAAUUCAAAUUUAACUUGAAAAGAAGUCUAUAUUACUAAAGACUUGUCAACUGAGCGAUUCACGGGUGCGGUGGUGUUAAAAUAGUGCGAGUAGUAGCAGGUUGGUGUUGUGAUCCACAGUCCUGGUCAUUGGGGAGUGAAAGCAAACGGCUUUGAGUGGUCAGACUAGUCAUUAGAACAGAAAUAUACUUAAAUAUUGAGAGUUAGAUAUCUAAUUAGUCAGUGAGGCAGAAUUAGCCCUCAAAUCUUUAAACUUUCAGUUGACUUUCUGCCCUGAAAAUGGGAGCUCUGAGUGAUUUUAUGCGAAGAGUCAUCUGGUUCACUUUACUCCAGCAAAGGUUGACAACUCUGUUUCCAUGGUCUGUCUCUUCAGUGAAAGCACCAGUCACACAGCUUUCCUUUAACUGAGCAGCACACUUUAUAGUUUCUAGGUCAAAUAGAGCAGAGCGACCAACUUAUAAUUGUUCCUCCAGACCUAACAUCAUGCAGUCAUUUUCCUCUUUUUUUUUUUCUUCUUCUGUGCUGUUCACAGUCUCUGAGCCCAAUGUCUACAAAAGUCCCUGGAUCUUUACAAACGUAUUGGAUGUAAUUAUAUGCUUUAUAACAGAUUUCAUAAAGCGCCCUUGCAGUUUAGCGUCAGCAGCCUCUCAUUCUGCACUGCAGAGGCUGGCAAGUUCAGGGUAGUAAGCUGCAGGCCAACCAAGUCCUGGCUAAUUACCAGAGCGCUCUGUUGCCAUGUGAAAUGUGAUCCGUGCAGGAUGACAAUAUGGCCAUUCAUUAUUCAUUAAAGCUGGGAGCCAGUUGCAGAUCAAUGGGCAGAACCUAUCAAAAGCCAAACAGUGGGAACUUUUGCUCUCUGUCGGGCUGCAGCUCGACCACAAAGACGUGUUGAGAGCAUGUCUUUGAAAGCUGCUCUGCUGGUCAAGGAGGGGUCAAAGACGGCAGACAGAUAUAUUUUAAACAGUUCUUCUAACAGAGAGUCAGUGUCCAUUGGAGGUGUAAAAAUACACUCAACUCAUGGAGCAUAUCGAUUCAAAAUGCUGAGUGUAUGUUGUGGGUAGUUAUGGUGGAAGUAACCGGGUUUAUGUCUGAGCUGUGGAGAAGGGACUGCCACAUAAAACUGUUAUUACGAUGCUUUUAUUUAGCCCUGAGAUUUUUACUUUUGCUGGAUGGUGAAGUUACAGGAGUAAGUGAAAACAGGAAAAAGAUUAAUCAAAAGUAAAAAAUGAUGGAUGUUUCAGAGCCCUAUGAAGAGAUAAAAGCUCUUUUACUGUUGACGUCGUAUUUUAUCUCUCCCUAUUUCUUCCUUCAUCUCUGUUAUACCUUCAGAGCAGAGGGGUGCUCAACAUACUCAGUCUUUCGUGGAGUAAACUGCCAAAGCUCCAGGUAGAGAUAUCAAGUACCACGAAGCUGCUCAUAAACUUCUUUUGUGAACUCCGACUCUCUGCUGCAGGCUCUGUGUGCUCACAUAAAAGGGGGCGUUUCAUGCAUCAUUUGCUGCUUCUUCUGCACAAAAAGGAGCGAUUACAGACUGUCUGCCUCAGUCAGACUGAUAUUAUGAGUAGAGAUCAUACAUACAAGGGUGAAAAAGGGUAAAGAACUGUCUCUGCUGCCGUGUCGAAGGAAGAAAGGUAGAGUAAUUUUAACAUGACAACAUACAAUACAAAAAUGACACAUUAACAAUGAUACACAUGAUCACAGCAUGCAAGAAAAACUGCAAUUACACUGGACAGCCCAGCUUUAUAAAACUGAAUGACAUAAAUUCAGUGUUUAAUCAGAUAGAAGCUGAAAAUGCAAACUUAUUUGAUGUGAUCCAUAACAAAUUUUAAUAUACUAUUUAAUCCUUUCAUCUCUGUUUUCGCUGGAAGACCAGCUGUGUUAAAUGGACUUAUGAGCAAACCUUAAAACAUAAUCUAAUGAGAUCAUAGAUGCUGCAGCCUUAUGGUUCUUUCACUGGAGGGAUGAUCUGCUGAAACCUAAACGGAUGAUGUUACAUGAGGUAAACAAGGAAUUCACAAGAGAGGGGGGAGACUGUUAGGGGUGUAUAAUAUGCACGACAAAGUGAAUUGAGUUACAAUUAAGUAGUCUAAAUGCAUAGACUGGCUCCUGACAUGACGGGACAUUAUGGAGCCAAAAACUCUCCUGCUACAUCAGCUGAUGACUAAUGUAAGCAUAAUUUAAUGAAGUGAUAGCAAUAAACAUCUUAAUUUAAGCCUCAAAUCUAAACAAAACCAGGUUCUGGCCAGGUUAUAAGAGUAAGAGUAAGUUACCAUGGUAAUUUAGCCAGCUAAGUCCUGGCUAAAUUACCCAUAAACGAUGCUAAACCUGCUGGCAUAUAUCCAUCUUCAGGCUGCACAGGUGUUGUCUAUAGCCCCUUCUAUUUUGAAAGACCAUAAGCUCAUAAUUGUAACGAAAAAGGUAAAUAAAUUAACUGCCAGAUUUCUUUAGCUUGUUUCAUUUAACUCAGUCCGGCUAGACUUAUUGUGAAACUCGCUCAUAGAACAGCCUGCAGCUGCAACUUACUUUAAAACAUGUUUUAAAAGUCUUGUGUGUUGUCAGCAAUUUGACUGUUUAGCGCUGGUUAGGGGGCGCCGUGGAUCCAGAAGCUCCAAAAGGCAGUCAUGACUUGCUGAGAUGGGCCACUUAUCCACUGCAAUGAAUUGAACCCUAAACCUUCUCUGGAGUCCUUCUGGCCUGUCCAAAUCCAUAGUUUGUUGUUUGGACCCGGCAGCCUUUUGUCAUAUUUUUGUCUUUGUGUGUUGUGCUUUUGAUGAUUGAUUCUCAUUUUAGUUUAACUUUAAUCAGUGGUCAUUUCAGUUUAAUUUCAGUCAAUAGACUUUCUCUGGAAGGACGCUGAUAGUCUAACUAUCAGCGAAAGCACCCUACUUAUAAAGGAUUUAGUCCUCAUCACCGUGCUUGUUGGUUUGACUCCUGGCUUUGACUCUUCGCUUCAUCUCUUCUCCUGCUCUCUCUAUCCAGCUAUUUUAUCUAGUAAAGGCAAAAAUGUCCCCCCCAAAAAACUUUAAAAACUUUGUCAGACAGUUUAAAGACAGUUUUAUAGAUUUUGAUUCUGACAGAUGUUUCUCUCAGUUGUAAAAAUAUCAGUGUAUAUAUUUAUAUAUUUUUAGUCAUCUUGGCUGAAAAUGCAUUUCUUUACACUUCUUCCUUAUCUGAGAACAAAACUCAAAGUCUGAAAAUCCUAAGUCACAUUUCAGCAACAUAAAUUCCCUCUAUACGACAUGGAGCUGCAUUUAACUAAAGUUAAUGUUUCUGUUUUUUUACCUUGUAAAGAAGAAACAAAGACCUUAUGUUCACAAAUAACUCUGAGUUAAUCUUGAGAGUUACAGUGUAUUCAUGUCAUCCAGUUAGCACAAAUCAUUGUAAUUGUCCCGAGCAGACACUGUGGGGUUAAGAAGGAAAACAAAACAGGGAGGUAGCUGGUCAUCCUCCUAAAGCGAGCCAGUCCAUGCUGUCCUCUUAUGACUUCUGGUCCCAAAGCUGGAACAGUUUACCUGAUAAAGCCUCCCUACAGACAGCGCUCCACUCAUGUCUCGAAACCAAUCAUAGGAAACCUCUUUGACAGACCUCGAAAGAAAGAAGAAAAGUCUCUCCACUUCUCCUUUUGUCCUUUUAACAGCAUCUGAUAGAAGGUUAUGAGAAUAAACAGACAAUAAUCAUGCAGCGAGCAGCCUUUUUACAGAAAAACAGGACAACAAAUCUGUUUCUGCUGCUCCCCUCUGCUUCCUCACAAGUGGCUGCCAGGUGAAAGGAUGAAUGUACAAUUUCCUAAGUGACACAAUGCACUUCUGCUAAAAGCAAGCUGUGUCACUGCAAACAAAACACAAGCAGACAAAUGUGCCUUGAUAAGAUUAGAGCUCCAGUGCUCAACAUUGAUUUGAGAAGCUUUUACAGGAACUAGUCUUGCUUUAACUACAAGAAAAAAAAGGAUUCUUAAGCUUUAAAUGAAAAUGUAACAAAGCCAUGAGGCUGUGAGCACUGCAGUGUGCUUUUUUUGUGCACAUGUAAACUCAGACUAUAUUAAACACACGUCCACAUGUGAGUCUAGAAACCUGAGAUACCAAUUACAGAGCCUUCUCAUGAUAUCAUUUCCUCUGUUUGCCAGACUCCUUAUUGCAAAGAAAGGAUUUAAUGGUUGUGUAAUUUGGAAGAAAAAAAGAGGGGGAAAGAGAAGAAAAGGGUCUUUUGGUAUUAAUGCUAGCUAACUACAAGCCCACACAUGGUUCUGUUUUCAGCUGAGCCCCUUGCGUGACUGGCUCUUUUCAGUUGGCAGGAGCCGCAUAUGCCGAGUGUAGUCGAACAAUCAAGAUAGGGCGGUGUGGACGUAUAGUUUAUCCGGGAAGCUUUUAAGAUGGGAAAGAUCCCAUUGUUUUUAUCAGUAGAGUUCAAUUAGGGCUCUGCCAAAGCUCAGGCAACCCCCCCCCCCCCCCCCACCACCACCACCACCACCAUCAUCAGAAAUAAGCAGUCAGACUUCAUAAGGGUGCAUUUGUUUUUAACUCACCCCAGUUGCUUUCCGGUCCAAUCACAUGAUCUUAAUUUAGCUAAACAGGAAAACAUUGAAAAACAUAUUUAAAUCCAUGCAGACUGUGUUAACAGUACAAUCCAAGUCUGAGUGCUAACCCAGAUAUCUUCAGGUUUUGUAACAAGAGGCUGUCACCAUCUUCCUCGAACAGACCUGAUUUGGCAAAACUUGAGCAUGAGAACGGACCUGACUGAGAUCAUUCCUGCACUUCAUCAUGUAUUUAUGUGAACUUUGUUUGGUUUUCCUGUGAAAUAAAAGAUAAGAGACAUGAGAGAGCAAAAAAGACUGGGAGCAGGAUGAGGAGAAGGGCGGGAGGGAGGGAGGCAUGUAAAAGAGUUGAGGAAAAAAAAAGAAGAGAAGCCGAAGAAGAAAGAGGUAAAUCGAGUUACGGCUACAGAGAGAGCUGACUUUCACAAACAUUUUUAUGGAGUCUUCUGGGAUUUGUCGAGCUUCAGUGUAACAGAUUUAAGGACUUUCAUUCGCACACAAACCUCACAGGAGUCUCCCUGAUUUCAUGACGGUAUGACCAAUUUCAAAGAGUGGAUUAUGAUGGUGCAAUGCCAAUGUGUCAUUCUGCAAGAAAAGCCUGGCUCUGCUCUGCUUUGCUCUCAGACGACACACACACACACACACACACACACACACAAACACACACACACACACACACACACACACACACACACACACACACACACACACACACACACACAAAGUUUUGUUGCACUCCUCUUUCUGCAGCCCUGAUUUUCUUCGAAAGACAGGAAGGCAAAGUCUUGUAACCAGAGAGGCCCAGAGGACUGUGUCACUCAGCACCCUCCUCUGCUCAGCCUCGGUCCUCCUCCCUGCACAGGCCACUCUCAGGCUUCAGGUCCUGGGAGAACAAACAGCACUGCAUUAGGGUAAGCUCCCCUGGAAAGAAGCUGCUUUCAAAUAAGCCAGAAAAUACAAUAAGAGCGCAGAGAAGGGAAAUAUCUGCGCAGGGUUAGGCCAAAUACUGACUGCUAUGUCUUUAAGUAGUUGCUACAAUGUUGAAAGUCCAAAACAAACGAUUUAGCCCGGAGUAGUCUGAAACAGGCCGGGCUGAGCAGCACCAUCUGCUCUGAUAAAUAUAUAAAAAAUCAGCUGCAGCCCAUCAGAGCACAGGGUGAUUCAGGCUUGGCACAAUAUGACCUCAAUGUUGCCGUCUGUCAAAUCACGAACUUUGUGUUGCACAUUUCAUGCUCCCAAUAUUGACAGGGCGUUAGCAAUACAAACAAUAAGCACAGUCAGACACUCGAGGCGAUCCGUUUGUUAUAAACAAAAGUUCACUGCAGGCCUCAAUAUAUCAGACUCUUGCCAAGAGGGCUGUUGCUGCUCAGAUCCCAGCCUGGGAGAUAUCCAAGUGUUUAGUUUGAAAGCAGUGACACAGACGGAAUAAUGUUAACAAGAUUAGCUUGCUUUCAGUGAUUCACUCACAGCACAAACUGAGAUGCCCUCAGAGUGCUUUUGCAAUGCUAAAUGGAACUAGGGAAAGUAUAAUUCCAUCCAAAUCAUUGCAUCCCUUAAAAUCCAUGCAUCCUUUUGAUUAGAUCUACCAAAAGACAAACCAAAAAUAAAAAAUCAUAUAGUCCUGAGUUGUCCAGUUUAGUAUUAAAUAGAGUUGUUGUUCCUCACAGUAUCCAGGCCAUGUUUGGACACUUGCAGGAUGCUGAGACUGCAGUGGAAAAUUGCCUCUGCAGGGUACACAAAAUCACUAACAGAUGUACAUGCACAGGCCCCCACUAAGGUACAUUCACAUCAAAAACCACCAGUUUAAUGCAGGUAAUAGCAGACCACUGGAAAAAAUUAGCUGUAUGAGACCACGGCCAUCCUUAUAAUGCUCUGACGCAUGAAUGUGAGGUUGGGCGUUGGACGCGCGUCCUGGGUGGAAGCAAGAAGACUGACUGUUUUUCAGUUCUGAUUAGACACUAGUGUUGAGAUGGCUGCCUGUCAUGAUAGCAUGUACUGAGUUGGGGCCAGUACCAGAUAAGCACAUAAAACUAUAAUCCUUAAACAUAAGGUAACAACCGAGACCUAAUGGUGCUGUGAAAGAAAAUACAUAUGGUAUGUUGUAUUUGAACAGGUUAGCUUACGAGCUUAAGUUACUUAGCAUAGAUGAAAGUUAAAACAAAGACGUUUAUCAAACUGUUAAAGCACACAAAUCAUCGUCAUAUGAGAAAUCCGACGCUUUGACUCUCCACAAGUUGUCCUUCAGGUCGUUAUCUUUGUAAUAUUUGUGUUUUUUUAUCAAAAAAGCACUCUGUUCUCCAACACGUGUAAACAAUCAGCCGGUCGGCCAUGUUGGAUAUAUCGGUGAAUCUGACGUUGCAACAACACGAAAUCUGAUUGGUCAGAAGUGGACACACAGUAUGCGAAACUUUAAAAAAAUUGACUGUGAUGGGAAAAAUAAAUGCCGCAAAAUCGCAGGACAGGAAAAUGUUGCUAAUGUGAACGCUUGAAUUGACAGGAUACGGGUUCGGGAAAAAAUAUCGACGUCCGAAAUAAUCGCACGAAAAAAAAACGCUCCCAGUGUGAAAGGACCUUUAUACUUUCCUUUAAGAAACCAACCCAACAAUAAAUGUAAAGGUUAAAUAAUACAAAAACAGAAAGUAAACCAAACACAAACCUGCAUCUUAUACACUCCACAGACUAAGUGGAACAGUGCUUUUCUUUUUUUAAACUUGCAAACUUGAUGCGAGUGUCUAUGAACCAGUUUAUUCAGACUCUCUCUCUGUAGAGCUCUUCAGAAUACUCAGUGUAUAUGGGUUAGUGGAGCUGCAGUGAUUUAUCUUGUCAUCUCUUAAGAUUUUGCCAAUACCCUCCUGGUUAAGUAGGUUAUUCCUCCUUUCAGUGCCUGAAGUUGUGUCUUAGUUUCAUCAAAGUCUUUCUGCACUCUUCUGCCUCUUUUUAUUUCAAUCUAAGGAUAUUAGAAUAGUAAUCCCUUCCUUGUCACAAUCCUUUUUACAUGAUUACUCUCAGUGGUCCAUGUAGGCUACCAGAUGUGUUAGCUGGUGCAGAACAAUGGUUGUGUUUCAUAAUAUACUUACAUAUGGAUUUAUGGGGCUUCAGUGAAAUGACCAUUAUUGAUUAUUCAUGCAUUUGCCUUUCAUCACCUUGUAUGUAACAUCAAAUGUAUUUGAUGCAGUGUGCACAACACUUAUCUCUUAUUACAAAUAAUAACAUAACAAAAGGAUUAGUCUAUGAGCCACAUAAAGUAGACUGAAUACGGAAUGACAGGACACUGGCCGUGAGAUUGGGUAAUUUUUUCUUUUAGUCAAAUGCAAAUUUAGUUUAGCUCAAGUACAAGACAGCUAUUCAUGAGACCAAGUCCCUGUUAAAGACACAUCAAGGCUGGAUGAGCGAAAAAUGGAAUCUCAUUAGCCUCCAUUUAUUCAUGUAAUGAAUAAAUAAAAAUCUCACAGCAUUAAUUCUCCAAUGUCGUCAGUGUAAUGAGACUGUGUGCCAUAUUUUCCAUCCAUUUUUUUCAAGCGGACAUGAGCCAAGCAAUAUUACCCACUUAUGAAUGAUACCUGGACCCAACUAUUCUCCCAGCCAUCCAUUGUAGAUAAUUUUGACAUUCGCUUUGUUUAUCCCUUUUUAAGAUCACCAGCCAUGACCUAUCAGAUGAUCUCUUGUUGCUGUUCCUGGUGUCUGAUGACCUGCAGUGCCUCACACAUGCCCAUCAGGUGAUCAGAAAGAGAUCGAAGUCCACAAGUUCAUGCAAUCUUGAAAGUUUUGAAUCCCAUACUAAAUAUAGGCCUUCCCAUUAGGGCCCGACAGAUAUGGAUUUUUUGGGCCAAUACCGAUUAUUAGUGAGGAAAAAGGUCUGAUUAAUCAGACGAUUUUUAAUUUUUUUUAUUAAGUUAUAAUAUACAGUAUAUAUAUAUAUAUAUAUAUAUAUAUACACUGUAGAUAUCUACAGUUUACUAUAUACUGUAGAUAUAGUGUAGGCUACUGCUCUUCACGUCGCCGGGGACACAGAUUGAUCAAACUCGGACCAGAAAAGCAUUUUCAACUACCCCCCGAUCGGUGCCUCCGCGUCUUAACUCACGUUACACAAUUCCGGUCCAGUCUCAUCUGGAGACAUGCAGCUGCCUCAGUAAGAGAAGUAGCUCGAUCACGUAAUGUGUACUGUUGUUUAUUCUAUCAUUACUGGCACGGCUAACAGUGUAGCAAGGCUAAUAGUAGAUGGCUAACUCUAACUUUAGCUUGCAUAUUACAUGGUGUUUCACCGUUAACUCGGUGUGACUGAGACCAGCACAGUGGGGGCCAUGGUGAAGUGGGUUGAACUGAAACUUGUUGACCUAUUGUGUAUUUCACAAGCUGGUUUAUUUACCGUUGAGGCGGACCACUCUCCUCUGUGAGUCCCUGAGCUGCCUGCUUCAGAUCCGCCACUCUGCUGUGCUGUGAGGUAGUUAGUGGAUGAAGAUUGUCAUGAGGCCGCUGUGCCAUCUACAGGAUAAGUCAGGGAACUUUUCAAAUGGCGGAACAUUUUUGAAGUGAAACCCAAUUUUAUUCUCUGCAAUUUAUUUCUGAAAAUAUUGGCGAAAAUCUGGGAGUUUUGGCCGAUUUACAAUUAGUCUCAAACAAGCUAAAAUUGGCCAAUUGAAUCAGUUCACUGAUAAAUCAGUCAGGCCCUACUUCCCAUAUCACUGCCUUAAAAGUUAUGUAUAGUUGGUUGCUGUUAUUCUGCAAUAGUAACAUUGCUUUGAUUGUCACAAAAUGGCACAUCACUAACAAGCCCUGUCCAUGCAUGACUCAUUUUUGUGAGAACAUUAUAAAGCACUGAUGUGAAACUUGCCAAGUAAUACAACAGAUAAAUAUUGUUGUUAGGUUAUACUAAAAAUGUCUGUACAGUUGCUGUUUACUUAUGUGUCUAGUUCUGUUUUGUUUCUCGUAGUGGGUUAAACUCACUACAAAAAAAGUUUCUGUAUAAAUUUCGAUUCACUUUUUUAUUUGUGUGGCACAUUUCAUACAGAUGUGAACUCGAUUUGCUUCUCAGAAAAUACGAAACACUCACAAUAAAAUGAGAUACAAAGGAGCUUAAAAACAUAGAACAUCAAAACAAGACAUACUGUAUCAGUUAUAUAUUUUGAAUAGAACACACAUUAAGGACCAUGAAGACAUGAGACUAACUGUGAAAAGACACAAGAGAAAACAUUGCGGGGUCUGAUUGCAGCCAGAAAGCAGGUCAGAGUGAUGGGGAGGUGCUGUGUACCAUUCAAGGCUUUUGGACCAGAACAUGUAAAAAUGUGUCAUGCAGUUGAUUAGAAUCAAAUUUAACUGUGUAGCCUGACUAAUUGUUAGCUCAUGACUUUUAAAGACUCUUAAUGCAACCACAUCCUGACCUUGUAGCUGAAACCAUGUCUCCAAGAGAGAGGGUGACUAACUGAGAAAGAGGGGUGCAGCUGCACGAGGAUGAUUCUGUUCUUGUUAGCUGUGAGGUCUCUCGAUUGAUGCUCUUGUGACCUGAUAUUUAAAGGUCUCCCUCAGCAUGGGACUCAUUUCACAGACAGAUCCGACAAUGCCUGUCCAGCCAAGUGUGACACACUCAUGUUUCGGGGGGACAGGUGGCAUUGCUGCAUAGCCUUGAAGGCCUUUGUCAGUUUCUGCUCAAUGUAAUGUCAAACCCAGCUCAGUCUACUCUCAUCUGCUCUGUGCAUGGCUGCUGGAUGUCACUCCGAGCUCUGACGGUCAUUACCUAAGAUAAGCCAUCAGGUAUUAAGAGUCAGCCUGCUGAAUAAUUAGGAACAGCCUGUAGGGACUCUCUACAAUCAUAGAGCGGCUUUCACUCAUUCAAUUUGUACUAUGUUUUACAAGUAAUGUGGAUUUAUGGCUUUAAAGGUUAACUUUAUCUCGUUACUUAUACAGCUAGGUUUGAACAACAGCAGAUCAACCAAUCAAUCAAUCUUUAUCUAUAGAGAGCACCAAUUUGCAACUGAUGUUAUCUUAAGAUGCAUGAGGAAAGCUGGUCAAGACUAUAUUCUGAUAUUUACAAAGAAACCAAUGUAAAGAUGUAAGAUCAGACCCACUCUGAUUCUAUCUUCAUCUAAUUUACAUGAGUGUAACUCUGAGCAGAUUACAGAGGAGAGGAAAAACUUCCUCUAACAGGCAGAAACCUUGAGCAGAACCAAACUCAUGUAAGACUGUCAUCUGCCGCCACUGCAUUGGGUUUAGAGAGGGGAUACAGGGUGAUGCAGAGAGAGAGACAAGCAUCAACACCAAAUAUCAAACUUUAUUGAAUCAUAGUACCUUGCUGUCUGUCAAGUCUUAUGACAUAACAUUAAAUGGUAUUGUAUAAUUUUCUUCUUUCUUUUAGUAUUGUCUACUACUGUCAUUUCUUAUCCUAUCAAAUCCUAUCACACCAUGACAGACUGUAAAGUAUUGCAUUAUAGCCCAUCUUAUUGUAUCUUGUUGUGUUAUCUUACUCUACUCUACCACACUGUACCGUACUGUAUAGACUCUUAAUACAUUGUAUCUUAUAGUGUCUUAUCAUAUCAUAUCUUAUACUAUUUCAUUUUAUGUAUAAUACGAACAAGUUUUAAUAGUUGUAUAAUAAUAAAGUGCUGGUCCAUUUCAUUCAUCUUGUAUUGUAUCAAAUCUAUUUUACUUUGUUGUAUCAUUAUCAUAUAACAUGAUAACUUACUAUACUUUAUCAUACUGUACUUUAUUGGAUCAUAUCAUAUAUCAUUUUGUGCAGUAUCUCAUUAUUUUUUUUUCCCAUAAUUUUGCAUGGAAUUGAACAGUAUUGUCUAAUAAUCUACCAUAAUGUGUCGUACUGUACUGUAUCGUAUCAUAUUGUAUUGUAUUGUUUGAUUUUAUGGUAUUGUAUUUUACGCAAUCAUAUUGUAUGAUUUUAUAUCAUACACCCUACCAUACCAUACUGUAUCGCAUCCAAUUGUUAUGUAUUGUGUCAUUAGUUGUCCUUGUUUUUUGUCCUGCCAAAAUUGACACCCCAACUUUAAUAUUUGUCAUGUUUAAAUGUUUAUUUUUUUACAACAAUCAACUGUUUUUAUUUUAGUAUUAGUUAUGCUGGACUAGCUGUUUACAAUAUAUUAAUGUUUAUACCGUGCAGUGUUAGUUUCCUGUGUAAAUGUUCAUUUGUGAUUUUGUUUUUUCUUUAUAUAAGCACAAAUCUGUGACUACUGUACCAUCAUAGUUCUUCAUUUUCUAGCUGUCUGUCAGGACCCGAUCAUCCUAAAAUUCAUCAUCAUUAGUGUAGAUAUCAGAAUUAGCAUCAAUUACCCACUAACGACAGUCUUUGUUUGAAUUAGACAGCUGUUUUGUCAUCCAUUCACGCAUGUUUAAUCGUCCUAAAUGUGGCUGCAAAAGAGAGAUGAGGUGACGUUUUGGGGUCACAUACCACAGAACGACCUCAAACAUCAGCAUGUUUUUCGGACCAUCGACCUCCUAUAGAGCUUGUCUGUUCAGCCUUUCUCUAUUCUUUGUAUAAAUCUAGCCGGUUCAUUUUAGCGACAUGCAAAAUCAUACAAAGUGGAUCAAUUUAAUCUAUGUUGAAGUAUACAGGCAUUCAUACAACAUGGUGUGUGAGUUUAUCUCCUCUGCCAAACUAAGAAAUCAGGCCAUCACCAAACAGCUUGUUUAUUGCAGGCACUGUGAUUCUCUUUGUGAUGGUGCAGAACAUUUAUUGUCUGCAGAGAAUGUGCUAAGAUUGUGUUCAUCUGCCCAGCUGUGAUACAUCCCUGUGGGUUCAAACACUUGGCAAAGCAGACUAGAAGCUGUGGGGCAGUUUGGAGCACAAACCAGCUUUUUUCUGUCCUAGUCCUUUCAAAUGUGCUCAGUUAUAAUAGCAUGUUGACUGAAUAAAGGUACCAGUGUAGGCUGUAAUUAAGUUGGGAGUUUUCUCCUGGGCCAACCAGAGGCAGUCUCCUCGCGUGAAGGGAUGCGGUAAAUUGAAGAUGACACUCUAGAAGUUGACUCUCUUUUAUUUAUGCUUAUUAUAACUGAUCUGUUUUGUGCCCCCAGUGUUAAAUAUAGUCUUCUCCCUCAGCUGAUUCUGCAGCUGCCUUCAUAUGUUUGUGAGAUUCUACAGAGCCUUGAUCCACUACAAAGAGCUUGAACAUCACCAGCAGCUGCUGAGUCACUAUAGUAGAAGCUUUUGGUGACUUGCUUCUGGCGAUGACAAUAAUAGGCCUUUUGAAGUUUUGCUCUAAAGAGGAACUUAAGCUGCAAACAAAUUUAAGACAUGUGAUCUUGGCAGAGAUUGUUGACGAAGUGAAUGCACUUUCCUCAGACUCUCUUCCAAAAACAUCUCCUGCCAUGUUAGCAGGCACCCUAACCUAUCUACCCUUAAAGGUUUUUUUUUAUUUUUUAAUCUGUCUGCACCUUCUGUAUAAGAGUGUAUUUUAACUGUGACGUGCAACUUCUCCUUGGGCUUUAACUUUUAUACUUAUGGAAAAUGUAUGAACUCAUUUCUGCAUCAAAGAGAGUCAUGCUUAUACCAUUACAAAGAGCUGCUAAAAGGUGCAUUACCAUGAAUAAUUAAAGAGUGAUUCUGCUCCUUUCCCUUCUGCUUAUUCCUAACAAGUUAGACCCUCACCAUUAUGCCCCAAAUUAUAUCAUGCAUGAUACACUAUGUUAUGCAAUUUGGACAGAAAGGCCUUUGGCGCUCGAAGAUGUUGCAUAAGCCGUAGUUGCCGUUUCUAUAUUUUGGCUGGUCCAGUGUCACCCUGUAGGACUUUACUCUUGUUUGCAAGAUGCCGGGCUGCUUCCCAAUGAGCUGGAAAUUGCACCAUUUAUCACUUCAAGGCAAAGCAUCAUAAAAGGCUUUGGAGAUUUUCUCUCUAGGGUGCAACACAAAAUGGCCUCGACCAUCAAGGACAUGUUUGACAUAUGGUCAGUUUGUACCCAUCAGCAUGUUACAGUUGUCCGUAAGUGGAAGUGAAGAGAAAGUGAAUGUCAGCUUUUAUGUGGUAACCACAUUGAAAGGAGGAUUUAUUAUUUUUGACUGUAUAAAACUCGAACUUUUGGUUGCCUGACACUAUGCUGAAGAAAAAGCCUGUUUUAAAACUUUUCCUCCUGCAGAUAUUCACAGUGGAUGAUUCAUGACUGUAAUAAUAGAAGUGAAUGAGAAUAAAGAAACAUUCAAUCCUGCUACAAAUUAGUAUUUUUACUUUUAUGGGGAUUCACAGCCUUUUUGAGGAGGCUUCCAGUAGACAUUGUAGGAACUGCUGCUUUUUCCCACAUCUGUAUUGGCUUCAUUUCCCAACAAUAGGAGUCCCCAUUAAUGGUUUCCUUAAUGUCUUAUCAGGGAGUUUUCCUACAGGAUAAAUGGCUCCACUUUAGCAAACACAGCAUCAGUCGGACUCUUGAUCAGGUCUGAACUCAGAAAUCACAGAGUCGAGCUGUAAAUGUCUGUUGGCUUCAUUUCACAUGUUGCUUGUGAGCUAAAUAGAGCUAAAUGUGCUGACUUAAUGAUUUAUGCUUUCUGGUAAAACAGCCUCAUAGGUCUCAAAUUCCAUCAGUGUCAGUAUUUGCUCUUCAUAUCAUCUGUUCAUUUAAUAUUGAUUUUCUCUAAAUUUAGGCUGAGGUUUCAUUUCAUUCGCUAAAGUAACCACAGCCUUUCCUACAGAUUCAGUCAGGUAUCAUGUUGUUCUGUAAAGUGGAUAACCACUGUGACCUCUGCCCCAGAGGUGACCGGCUCUGAAAUGACGCAUUUCCUAAUGAAUGGUUCUUCGAUAAAACACCCUUAAGAGCAGAUUCAAUAUUUUUUGCUGUGUCCUCUCAGAUCAAUUUCCAUUUAAGCCAUUUAGGACCCCGGGAUGCCAGACACAUUUUAUUUUAUUAAAGUUACUCCAUCAGUGUUACGCCAUUGUUUUCCAUGUCCAGUUACGCAAUAGUGCUCAGCAAGAGGUGCCUACUUGUCUGCCACGCCAAGUCAUGUUUGGGUUCUUUCUGCUUUUUAGCCAAGCAACGAAACUGAAGUGUUUUUUUUUCUUCACAACAAAAAAGAAUGGAUGUGUGUAAAAGGGUUAAUAAAUGAUGACUCGCAAAUUAUUUAAAGCCCAUAAAAAGUGAGGCUUUGUUGAAACUGUUUAAUACUCAAUAAUUAACAGGAAAAAAAAAUCAACUUUAACAUAUCUUUGCACUAUUUUCAAUCAAACUUUGGGCGUAAGUGGUUUUCAAACCCUCAAAAUCUGUUUUUAUCAACAUUUUACAAUAUUUCCUGGCUUGCUUUGUAAUUGGGUUUGUAUGUGAUUUGUACCAACAAUGUUAUAGCAGAUUAACAGGUCAGCAUGUUCAAGAACUUUUAAAACUGCUAGUUUUAAGAAUUUGUGGGGAGAAAAUAAAGAUAGUUCAACUCAGUGACAGUAAAUGAACUCUUGUUUGAGAAGGAGCACAGUUAUUACACCCAUGUCUAUUUGAAUCACAGUCUACCCUCAACCACUGUCAUGUAUUGCAACAGUUCAUCAACCAUGGAUCCUGUCAUUCAGCCAUGAACUGCAGCUUUCUCUUUCUUUCCUUCUGCAGAUCCAACUCUGUCAGACUCGCCUCUGCAUCCAGUGAGAUUUCUUGGAGAUGGUCCAAAAUCAACAAGGUCAUCACCAUCAGCCUUACCAGCCUCACAUUACACUGCCUUUAAGAGCCCAGACUCACCUGGUGCCCUGCCAUCCAUUUCUGAACCAAAUCACGAUGACUGGACUGCUGCAACUGUUGCCUCUGCAAACAGGGCGGGAGACCUCCUUGCAGAAGAACCACAUUCUCUUCCUGCCACAUCAUUAAGCCCCUCUAAACCUGUAUUUGGGGUGAGUCUUAAGUCCGCCGCAGACUGGAAACAGAAUAUCGGACAGUCUGCAAGGCAAUCUUCCCCUCUCUCUCCAACGCCAACAAGACCCCAGCUCCAGCCAGAGUCAAAAACAUCCUCAACAUCAUUGAACUCCUCUGUUUUGAUGAGACCGACGACAGCUGCAGUUUUGAACAACAAGCAGGGUGAUGCAUUGAAUCAAACACUGACAAUCACAACCUCGCUGUCAGACAAGCAGAUUGAGCCACCUGAAAGUGAUCUAGCUGAGUCUCCAGCGGAUGAACCUUACCACCUGAUCCCAAGUAGUGCCCCCUCGGAGGAAUUCAAGUUAGCUUUCGACAUCAACAAACAACAAAACCCAGAGGAGAUUCUGGGUCCUGGAUACAAUGUGCCUUUCAUCGUCCCUCACCUCACAUCACCUACAUCUGAGCCAACUGAGGUCCUUCCAGACGACUUCUACCCAUCCAACACCAUGGAGAUAGACUGGGGGUCCGGAGACUACCUGGAGACAAUGUCGUUCUUGAAUCCAGAUGGAGAGGACUACUCCCUGGUCACUAAGGUGCCCUCUGAUUCAUAUGAUACAGAGGAGUAUACAGAAAGCUACGACACGUCCUUUCCUUCCAGAGUGGGAAUAUCGCCUUCAUCCAUGCACCCUCAUUAUGUCUCCCCUUCUUCCAGCGUCAUGACAGCAUACAGCACCAUCACUCCAACCACAACCAUCAGUCCUUCAAUCUUCUCCACCUCAGUUCACUACACACUAGAACCUACCCCCACAGCGAGCAGUGAAAUACCUGAUGUGUCCGACAUAGAGUGGCCAGAUACCUUCACCAUUCAGCCCACAGACGUCCUCCUUCCUGACAUGAACAGCAUGGAGUAUUACACCAUUCAGUCCACCAAGGAGAACAACCAUUCAGACAAAAGCGCCGAACACAGAGGGAAUAUAACGGUGGUGUCCUUAAAUACCACUGAUGAAACUCCCACCAGCAGCUUCACCAGUGCUACCAAAUCGGCUGAGGAGGAGUCCUCCAGUGAUUCAUCAGGAUUCGAACCUCAGGAUGGAUCAACCCCAGAGGAAACUCCUCAUCUAGUCAAUGCAUCUGAGCCUUCUCUGGACCCCUCUAAAGUCCCAAGCCACUCCUUUGACCCUUCUUUGUCCACCUGGGGGGGCCAGGUGUCUCCUACAUAUUGGCCAGCACCUUCACUAACAUCAUUAGAGACUGCGCUACCAUCUGCCACCCCUCUCCUAUCAGCAGAUGCAGUGUCGUCCUCCUCUCUGACUGAUGUCCACUGGUUUGUUACUGAACGAGUCCAACAGAGCAUCAUUCACACCACGCCUGUCUUAACUGCAAGCAUAGCCUUCUCCCCUCUUCCCACUGACCCUGCUGCCAACGUCACCGCCCCUGCAAUGACAAGAGACUCAACUUUUACAACUGAACCCACAUCUAAUGCUUCUGUGGUCCCCCCACUUGAGCUCGGCGAUCAGGGGGUGACUGAAGAUGGAGCUGACAUCUCAGCCACCGUGACCUCGAUCCCAUCUAGCAGUGAAGCUAAUACACUUUCUGCUGUGCCCACAACUAAACCUGCCACCACUGUUUCUCAUCAAGCCCCGGCGACUGCCACCGCCACCACUGAGGCCUCAACAAACGUCAGUGUCAUGGUAACUACCGGUGAAAAGACCACAGCUGAAACAACAACAUCCAGACAGUACCUCUGCAGCCCAGAGAAGCCUGCUUAUUUGGUGAAAAUUGGUAGGUUUGACACGGUCUGUGCUUCAGCUUUGAUUUGAGUUUGAAAUAUUGUACAUUUUGGCUCUUAAGGUGGCUUGAUUGAUUCAUGAAAUGAGUAACACUUUUUAAAAAAUCCACCCAAAAUUUCCAGUGGCUGUUAAAAAGCAGCCACAGACAGUAUGAUGGCAGAAUUUUCAUUACUCUACACUUCCCCUCUGGAGUUUUGGCAAAAACAGCCUUGCUUUAAUAAUGUCUCAAGACAAACCCUGAGGAAACAGCACUGUCUGGCACAUCCAUGAAUUCUUAUGUCUAGAGCUGGCACUGUGAAAAUGUCUCAAAACCGAGUUUUAAGAAAAACUUUUUCCCUGAGAACGGCUGGAUAAUGAGGCUCAUUGCUUUUCAUGCUUUCUUCUGAAGGUUUUCCUUCUGCAGCCACUGUGGGAUAUGCAAAAGUCCAAGUGAGAGACAUACUGAAGGUGGAGUUCAACAAGUCUGUGGAGCUGCAGGUAAAUUGACCUCAACAUAAACUGAUGUUUUAAUGAUUUAAAGAUGGUGAUUUAAUUAUUUAAAGUUGAAUUUUAAAUGGAAAGAAUAAAAAUUAGGACAUGCAGUGAAAAAAAUCCUGUUUGAGUAAAGACAGUCAUGGCUGUCACAUACCCUCUCUGUGUUUGCUGGUAUGUGUGUUUGUCUGGACUGUGCAGAAGAACCAUGAAGGCCAGAUGACUUCCUGAGUUUCAUAUCGCUAUUUCUAAGAUAAACAAAACGCAGGAGACGUAACAUCAAGAUCCCUGAUACUGAGAUGACCUCUUAAACACACGAACUGCUGAACUUUGAAUGAAAUGCACCUUUCAGUGAUUCCUCUCUGUCGUCUAUUCUUGUUUAUCCGUGAAGGUUGUGGAUCCACCACCAAAGUUUGUGUUCCGGGUGGUGUCUGGUCCAGUUGUGUACACAGCCAUAUCUGUCGUCAACGCUCUGCGAAGGUCUGGGCGCCGUUUUCUGUCUGUGUCUCCCAACUGGACUACACCAGACCGCAAAUAUCAAAUCCACACAGGUAACGGGCUGUCUUACUCUCAACACUUAGGUAGUCUGAGGUAAACUAUAGUUUUUAAACUUGGUCUAAUUCCUGUUUUUUCCCCAGUGCUGCAGUUUGUCCCCAGUCACACAGACGUGCGCGUCUGCAACUUCAGUGAGAGCAUGGAGAGAGGUUUGACUAAGGCCUUUGCAGAAGUGCGUCGACGUUCAAAGGAGUCGACCAACUUCACUGUGCAGGUGAGUGGAAACAAAGAUGAGCAGCCUAGUGCCCAUAUUACAGCUGUAUUUUCAUGAGAGUGCUUCACAGUCACACAGUUUGAUGUGUAAAGAUCGUACCCUCAAGUUAUUUUGUAUCUACAAAGCUGUGUAAAAAGUAACACCCACAAAGCUGUGUUUAACUUCUUAUCAGUGGAGGGCAGCCAAAAUGAAGCAUUUCAGACAGAGGAUGAAAAGUCCUGCAAAUAGGGGCUUUUCAAGGACACCUGUAUGAGAUACAUAAGGAGUUUUUUUAUGCUGCAAAUCAGCCACUGAGCAUUUUUUGGUGUAAAAGAGGUCUUAUAGACUUCUACAUACAUCUUAGAUGACUGGUCUGAAAUCAGGCUACCACAGGUCUAAAAAUGAACGUUUUUUAGACAUCUAAAUUUAGACCAAGUUUAGACUUAAUUUAAAUCUGGGCUAUAUCUAUACUGUACUGUAUAUUGCUCAAUGGCUAUCAUAAUUAUUUUGUAUUUAUAUUAUAUAGUACUAACUCACAGUUGCUUUUUGAAAUAAAUAUUUAUGGAAUAAUGGGUUAAAGUGCAACGUCUAAAUUCUGUCUAAAAAUAAACAGAAUCUAGACGGUUGAAAUUAGGUCUAAAAAAAAAAAAAAAACUAGACGUCUAAUAGCCGUCUAUUGCUCAGUGAGUGGAAAGCUGCUCAGUAGGGGUCUCUCUUUUUCAUACUACAUUAGCAGAUUUGUUUUAUUCCUUACAAGCAGUUCAGGUCUCAUACUGAGAUAUUUUUAAAUAUGACAUUUUCCUGGACUUGUCAGGUGAAUCUGUUUAAGUUAAGCCUGAUAAGACAUUUAUUCUACCACAAAUAAAACGAAAACAUUUGCUAAUAUUCAAGGUUUUUCAAGUGUUCAAACAUCUACAGCAAGUGAAAAUAAGUUGUUGCCCUCUGAGCUGUAAUCCCGUCUGAAUAUGUUUCAGAUUGUCAACAUCACCAUGACUGCUCCUAAAUAUCAGGAUCGACAGCUGGUGAGGCAGCCGGUGGACAUCACCUUCACUGUGCGUGGGUCAAAAGGUUAUCUGAUGGGGUCAGAGGUCAGCAAUGCUCUGAUGAAGCUCACUAUGGUGGAAUUCAGCUAUUACAUGGGCUUCCCUGUGCUGCAGGUUGCGGAGCGUGAGUCCCACUGUAUUGUGUUUCUGUAUUUUGACCGUCUCUAAAGUUGGCUGUUCUGUGAUUUUUUUUUUUAUCCUAGUCAACAAUGAAUAAUAUUUUGACUUUCUUAAAUUAUUUUCACAGCCUUUCAUUAUCCAGAGUUGAACACCAGUCAUCUGCUUCGCUCCUCUUGGGUCAGAACAGGUAACACAGCUAAAGCUCACAACAUAGUAAAACGUUGAUACAGCCUUUGUGCUGAUCUCUGAUGUUUUCUUGUCUGUUAUCUGUGUGUUCAGUUCUUCUAGGUGUGCUGGACCAGAAAGUGGGAGAGAGGACUUUCCAAGCCAACAUGGAGCGCAGGGUGGCCAUCUUACUAGGGGAGGCGAUGGGUUUGGUCAGACGAGUGAAGAGAGCGACCACUAUUGGGAACAGCAGCGUUCAGGUAGUGCAUGAAAACAGCACAUUUCUGAACACACACAUCUUCACACAGGAAGAUCGUUUUAACUUUUUUUUUCAUUUGGCAGCCUUCAAAAACAGACGGCAUCUUGUGUACAUACGGUUCAGACUUUGUAGCACUUGUUAACACUCAUUUGAUUACUGAGACAAGAUAACUUAGCAGUUUCUUUUUCUUCAGUGGAGAAAAGCAUAUGGUAUCAUGUAAAAUAAAAAGGUUGAUUUCUCGUGCUUUUGGUAACCAAAGUCAGGCAGGUUAUUUUUCUGAUGCAUAACUUUUUAAAUGCUUGAAAAGCGUCCUUCUUUCUGCGCUGACAUCAUUAAUUCCUGAUGAAGCCCUCUCUAACUACCUCGUUUGAGCACUGAGGCCUCAUUAUGUGAGCGUCGCAGUGUUUGUAACCGCUGAAAGCCUCGCUGCUUUACUAAUCAGGCUCUAGCUUUUGUGGGCUCGCUCCGCACCUGCUCAGCUCGUCUCAAAAGGGACAGGAUAGGGCUCUGUCUCCAUGGCAACAGCAUCCUAUUCACCCCAGAGGCAGGCCGCUCAGAAGACUACAACCUCACGAGUCCUCCUUCCUUCUUCUCUUCCUCGUGUGUUCCUCUAGUCCUGUUGUUUGGUUUGAGUUCCUGCGAGUCACAGAGCUGCAAAGAGCAGAUCAAUUAUUAACUGUUUCUCUGUCUGCAUCCUGCCUUUGGAUGAUCAAGACUCUAUGUCUCUGUUUUUGAGAGAGAAGAGGCUGUGGAGGGAGAGACACAGAGACAGAGUAGAGGGCUCAAAAAUCAGGAGAACAGAGAGAGCAAAACCCUCAGAUAAAAGAGACUUGUUAUGGCAGAAGAGAGAUGCAUAUUUGAUGUGAGCUCAGGAAGUGGGAGUGCUUAAAAAAGGUCUUUAAAUAGGGAGCUGUCAGUGUGAUGAAUCUCAUCUCUAGAAGAGGAGCAGACUUGUUCUUUUGACCUUUUAACCACCUGCUUUUCUGUCUCCAUAAAACCCAUGAAGCAGUUUACGGAGACAGAGGACCUUAUUGCUGAUGAACCUUUGCUGUCUGUCUUUGUGAUAAAAUGAGAGCUCUGAUUUAGCCUUUGGCAUCUUUACUGCCUUUCAAAAUGCUCGUUCUGCAUAGUCACAAUUUAGUGUUAUGCAAAGUAGCCUUAUUAUGUGCUUGUUCUCCUUUCCAGCCAUGAUAGGAAACUGUCAUCAGUGAUGCUGGAUUGGAUUUUUUUACAUUUCAAAGACUUAUCUUCCAAGUGUCUGCUAAGAAAUAAUGAGAACAAGUGUCUGAACUCCUUCAGGAAUCUUCAUCUUGCUCUCUUGAACAUACACAAUUACAAAAGACACAUACAUCAAACAGACGCCCUGAACCGUCAAACAGAAUCAGUGUGUUGUUGUCACCUGAGAGAAUACCUCAUGAGUCUGCCUACACAGAUAAAAGAGGAGGUGGAAACGGGGUCGAGCAGCGACGCACACAUUCAUGCUCUCAUCUUUCCACUCUAAUAAGCCUGCAUUGACUGGAUUAGACGCUGGACCAGAGAGCCUGCCCAGCCGUUUUUCUAUGUCAACCCAGGCAUGACCCACACUUUACUCUUUCCAGUAAUGCAGACAGCAGACUGCUGGCCCCAGGGCACCCACAGGGAGACGACUACACAUACACGCUCACAAAAAGACACAGACUCUCUCGUUCGUGUGUUUGACAACAUGGAGAGAUAUUUGCCCAAUGAAGACUCGUUACAGGGAUUACAGAACAUGAGCUAAUGUAUCAUGAGUGAGCUGUUUCUGUUUCCACGUGCAUGAAUCUUUACACACAUUCACUGGCAUCAUGUCAGUUCAAAAGGAUGAUACAAUUAUUAUGUUUUCAAGGAUUUUUUUUUUCUUAAAAUAAAUGUAUUUUCUUUCUCACGUGUGUCGUUCCAAUUUAAUUCAGAUAUAAUGCAGAUAAAGACUUCAGAUAGUUACAAAUGGGGCCGGGUCAAUGUGACAGUAAAAAGCAUUGGUGCUACUGUAGAUGCCAACAGACUACCAGCAAACACAAUGUUUGCAGGACUGCAUGAAAUGGUUUUAGUCACGCAUGCAGCAAAAUAAGAUUUCCAAAUGGUUUGAGCCUAAAUUAGUAUUUUGCUGUAUAUGUCUCCUGAUGUUACUUUCAGUAAAUCAUGAAAUUUUAGAACAAGUCUAAAACAUGUCUGGCAAAACAAGAAAACAGGUGCAGUUGUUUUAUUGUAGAAAAUGUGCAAAAACAACAACAACAACAAACUCAACUUCUUCUCUCCAGGUUGUCAGUGCGCGUCGGCUGGAGGGUGCGGACAAUCCCCUGGAGAUCGUGUAUUUUGUGGAGGGUCCCAGUGGUCAGAGGAUGCCCGCAGAUCAAGCAGCAAACAUUCUCAACAGCCUGGACGUCCAAAGAGCUGCCAUCAUUUUAGGGUACCGCGUCCAGGGCAUCUUAGCUCAGCGUGAGUACCUUUUGAAAUAGAUAUAACUGUUUGUAUACGAACACAAAACUGAUGGAAACUUCUCUGAUAUUUUGUGGGGCAGGCUGCAUUCAGAACUGGGUGGUGAACACAUCCAAGUGAUUUGUCAAAAAGCUGGAUAAGAAUAGAUACCAGGAAAAAUCUGCAUCAAUGGAAAGCAUAAACUUUCCGUCCCAUGCAUGCACAACUUACAAAAUUCAGUGCAACAGUGUCCUUUGUGUGUUUGAUAUCCAGACCCUGACCGUGUCAGAGCAGGGAAAGUUGCACCAGGUUGCAAAUAUAGAUAAAAAUCAGCUUGAAGUCAUGGUUUGAAGUUUUGCCCACAUGCGCCUAACUUCAAAUUUCCAGGAGUGUGGUCCACAUGUUAAAGGGGCUGUGGUAUUUGUAGUUUUUUUGCUGCUGGUAUAAAAUUAUAGUGAUGCUCUUUGUCUUUCUGUUAUUUAGUUGUUUUGUUUGAUGUAUACAUUCAAAGAUUUGUUUUUAUCCCUGCACCUUAAAAGUCACUUUUUAAGGUUCAGUUGUUCUCCACCGAACUUUGUUAGAAGGUGUUUCCUCAGAGGGAGACAAAAAGAGGAAAACAAAGUCUCAUUAUCACUAAACUUGUUGAUAAGCUCCUCAUAAGACCUUCUUGUGUUCUUUUGUAUGUUUAUAGUAACAUUUGAGCUAAUUACCUCCCUCUGUAUGCUCUGUACUCGUAGCCCGUCUCCCUCAUUAGGAAUCUAAACAAAGGAUGAGGGCCUAAUGAGAGCCCCUCAUGGGACUGUGUCUCCGUGCUGACUAUGUUUUUUUUACAGCCCUCUCCCUGGGGAUGAAAUGAGUGUUAAUUAAAUCUAAUGAAGGUCUGCAUUGAAGAUUUCAGCUCUAAGACAGGAGGCAGCGCUUUAAGGAUAGAACAUGUUCAGCUUUCCAUCCUCCAAGUGUUUGUGAAGAGCGAUAAAGAGGAGAUAAAAAAAUAUCCACAAAUGAAUCUCAGGAUUGAUGCUGAACUUGAAACUAAGAACUCAUUCUCUCUUUGUGUAGCUGUGGAGAAAGUUACAUCCCCCCCCUCCGACACCGAGAACACCAACGUGUGGAUCGUCAUCGGGGUGGUGAUCCCCCUCAUCGUGGUCAUCAUUAUCAUUUCCAUCCUGUACUGGAAACUGUGUCGGACUGAUAAGCUGGAGUUUCAGCCGGAUGCCAUGACCUCCAUCCAGCAGAGACAGAAGGUAAAGUUCACCCUGGGUUACAAAGUCUCUCUUCUUGUUUCUGAUGUUAUUUGGACAGUAUUUUAACAGUUUCAAUAGUUGGAAUAUGACCUGUGUCAUAAGUCUUUGAACACAGUGUUGUUUGGACCCACCAGUCUCAUCACCACCAACAUGUUUCACAGAAAGGUUAAAAAGAAGCCAAGAAGAUGAGCUCACUCUUCAGUCCAAAUGAACUUCUUAUUAAUUGGUGUAUCUGUCAUUGUAAUGAAUGUGCUGGAGGCCUUCUCACUAUCUGGACUUUAUGAUUUCUUAUUUUAGAAAGUGGCAGUAAAAGUUUAAUGACCCCGAUCUGGAGCCUUAUGAAAAGGCAGGAGUUGGGUUAGACGUCAUGAAAUGGACUUUUGCUCUUCUUUCAGUUCAUUUUAGUAAGAACAAUAACAAGAUAAAAAAUGCAACUUCUAUUCUCAAGAAGAGACUCAAAUGAUAGUGGUGGACUCUCUGCUAUUUUUGCCGAUAGCAUUGACUGAUUUUGGUCCAGGUAAAUGUCAGUGAGCAUACUUAUGCAAAGUUGUGUUGUAGCUUCGUUCAACUCCAAGAUAUCAUGGUGCCGGACCUUUACAAGCAUUACAGAUCGACAUUUGUCUGUCUUUUUGCAAAACUUCAGAAUCCUUCUUAACAGCUGAAAGGUUAAAGCAUCUUGACAUGCUGCCAUAGUAAGAGCUGAAUACAACUAUCAUCCCAUCAGCCAUUCAUGUUAUUCCAAAUUUUCACACAACUUUUUUCAGCCUAUAUUUUCAGAUACUACUAUCAUGCCAGUAGUAUCAUGCAUCCCUGUAAGAAACCUUGUUGUGUGGUUUCAAUCAGUAAACUGAUUAAAUAACAAAUCUGUUUAUUUCUCUUUUCAAAGUAGAAACAGAUUAAAAAACAAAAACAAUGGAGAGUCAAUUUUGUUGUCAAAGUAAUAAAAAACAUAGUAAAGCACUAAGGGGAAUGGACAGAUAUGAAACUGGUAACUACAGGUAACUUUUAUCAAGUUCACAGCCAAAUCUGAGUUACUUUUUCAUCAUUUAGUACAACCCCAUUACCAGAGGAGGUGGGGCAUUAAGUAAUAAAUUGAUGAAAACUGAAUUUGAUGGUUUGCAAAUCAUUUAAAGCCUAUGUUUAAUGGUGAAUAGUGCAAAAACAACAAAUCAAAUCAAAUGCUGGAAGUGAAAAUAAAAAUCUAUUAUGAAAAAUAUAAACUCAUUUGUAAAUUUAAUGCUGAAGAAGUGAUGCAGCACAAUACAAUGGUUUGACAUGUGUCGCUGAUGUCAAAUUAUUGAUUUGACUAUUUGCCAUGUUGUUUUUGCACGACUGCAUCUUAAUACAGACUUAAUCAUCUCAUACAUCUUAUCAACAUUUUACAUGGGGCCCCGUCUCAUGUGGAUUUGGGGUCCCACGAGCAGCACAUGGUUUAUCUUCAUGUACAAGCUGGUUGUUUGUUCCAGCUGCCUCAUCCCAGUAAAUCUUUCUGUCGAUGUCUGGGUUUCUUUCUCCUCCGUUCGCUGUUUUUCUUAAGCUGAAGCUGGUAAAUGAACCCUUCACUCUGGGUUAAUGCAAUCAGAGGCAUGUACAGAAAUAACUACCACUCAGUCUGCUCUCUGUUUAACACAAUCAUCUGUCACUUAACACCGCCCUCCUCUCUCAGUCUACCACCGCUUUUGAAGAAUCAAGGUCCUCUCUGCAUCAGACGCUCACUCCAACUAAAAAGGAUGUAGAGUCUAGUGAGGGGGAGUAUGAGGAGGAGGAGGAGGAGUAUGAAGAAGAAGAAGAAGAAGAGGAGGAGGAGGAGGAGGAGGAGAAGGAGGUUAAAGUCGGGAAGGUACAGAGAAAUGUCUGGUGGUUUUAGAAGCUGUAGAGGAGACCUAGUUUGUGUGGGUGUUUGGUAGAUGUUGUGAAUGAACAGACGAAAAAAAAAAGUGUUCAAUAGUUUAUAGUCCAGAGUGAACAGCGUCAUCAUUUGAAGUAUUUAUGCCGACAAUUGCUUCUGUUCAGACACCAGCAGCUCUACCUAAGAGCACACAGAAUAUGAGCAGUGAGGAAGAAGAGGAGGAGGAAGAGGAGGAAGAAGAAGAAGAAGAGGAGGAAGAGGAGGAGGUGGAGGAAGAAGAAGAAGAGGAAGACACAGAUGAAGAAAAGGAGAAGUUGAAAAAGAAAGGAGGCACACAAGUGGAGCUGAAACGACAAAUGAGCAAAGGGAUGAUGAUAAAAGCAGGAGAGAUGAAGACAGAGGACAAAAAGAGAGUGAUGAGUAAAGGGAGGAGAGCCAAGGAGGAGGUACACUGAUCAGUAGCUGUAGAGACUACCAAAGGACAGUAGGAUGGAGUUUUUCUAGACAUAGUAUGAAUGAUUUUGUAGUCCUAGAUCAGGGGUGAGCAAUCAUGUGCCAUUGAGGGCCGAGAGGCUGCAGGUUUUCUCUCCAACCCCAAACUCCACCAGGUGAUUUCACUGAUUAGUCCCUGCUCUCUGCUUGGAGGUAAGGUAAUGGGCCCUCCAUGGCACAUGAUUGCUCACCCCUGUCCUAGAUCCUUGUGAAUGGAGGGUAUGCACUGACCUCGCUUUCCAGUUAGAACCCGCCUCCUCAAUCCUGCAGGCAUGGACAUGGCUGGUCAUUUGUAACGAAAAUGAGAGGAAAACUGACAAAUACCUGCUGUAACAAGUGUGGUCAAACUGAGCAGAGACACCCCCUGAUUUACCACAGCCACAGAAAUCAGGUCCACAGGCAUAUACAUGUUCAAUCUUCUGCAAAGCUCUGAGGCCACCCCCAACUUUGGUUUUUAUGAUCAUCCAUAUUUGUUUCUCAUUCUCACAGUCUAAAAUGUAACUAUUGUAGUCAGAUUUCAGCUAUUAUUAUCACGUCCAUAAAAUACCUAAUGAUAUCAUCGGAAAAUAAAACAACACAAUUAGGGUUAGGAUUAGUCAAAAUGAGGAAAAGCAAGAAAACUGUGGAGCAACACCUGACCUCACGAACUUACACCAACAAACGCAGUUAGCUUAAAUGUCAUCAGCUGUUUCUGAGGAUGUUGACAUUUUGGAUUUAUAAACAUCACUGACCCUGUGACAAAAUACUUUUGAGAGAAGACUUGAUAGAACAAUUUUGCAAUGCUUUUAUUUUGAAAUUUCCAUCUUGCAUUUAGGUUACUUUCUUUCCUGCUUUGUAGAUCUAUGCUUUUAUUUUGAAGAGUAAUUACCCAGAGAGGCACAAGCUUUGACACUGUUUUUGGAUCAAAAUAAAUCCAUGACUGUCAUUUUUGAUAGUGCUGACGUCUAGAUGAGACACAUGGUGACUGUGAUCUAACUAGCAUGGAAUUUUUUCUUGGUCCAGUUUUCAAAAACAUUAAUAGUCAGUAAAUUAAUUUUUAUAUUAUAAAUUGCAAACUUUAUAAGUGAUCAGACCCUCAAUCAUGUACGUCAUGCACGUGCUAAGUCAGACCCCUGUUGGCACAUACCCCUGCUUGAAAUUUCAAUGUUUAACAGCCUUUUUAUAAAGCUUGUGAAAAAGACACAACAAAGUGUGUCUUUCACUAGUGUGACUGCUCAAUUUCUUUAAACAUCUGAGAUCUGUGCCACUUUGAACAGUGUACACACUAAUAGACGUCUGCUGAGUCUGCAUCCAGGUCCCUCUCAUAAGAUUAGCCCAAGUAGAAACUCACCAUGAACCAGACCACUUUAUUCUCAAAACACAAUGACUUUAUUCUCAUAAGAUUACGACUUUACCUCAGCUUUAUAUUUAUUAGAUUGUGACUUUUAUCUUGGAACAUUAGGUCAACAACUUUACUUUCUGAUGACUUCCGUCUUUACUUCUUUCUUCUCUAAAUUUAAAAAGAAAUUCUUAUCAGUUUACCACUCUUUUCCUUAUUUUUUUUCAAGUCUAUAAAAAAAAAGCUCUGACUUUUUUGAGUAUUCAGCAGCCAAUGCUUCCAAGCCCUUUUUGUGUUUCAGGUUGACUGCAGUGACCACCUCAUACCCUGACCAGCAUGUGCAUAACCUCCAUGUUUAAAAAAUCCCUGUGCUGUGAAGUAGUGGAUCUGUAGAUGCCAUUUGAUGUUACAUUAGUGUUCUGGUGUUCCCUCAUUUACCAUUAGAGCUGCAGCUUAGUGGUAAUUAGAGUGUGUAAUGUGUGGGAGAUAUCAGUAGCUGUGUGUUUUCUCUUAUCCAGCCUCACUCUUGAUAAUAGUGAUGCAGAUUUUACUUUUUCAGCUGCAGCUUUUUUUCUCAGCUUUCACACUCAAUGACUGGCCUUGUUUAUAUGCCUGAGAGCAGCGUGCACAAACAUGAACACACACUCUUUCUCUGCCUCUCUGGUUAAGCCCUUUUACGUUGGCAAGCAUCAUAGCAGAUUAGCUUUUUCUAAGCCGGGCGUUUUGCAACAAUUAAGUCCGUGUAAGUGUUUGAAUAAUUUGGAGAGUUAACACAAAUGUGUAAACUCUCUCCUGUAUAUAAGUUUCAGUGUCGCAUAAUGAGAUGUGCCACUCUCUGUUCACUCCUCAGAUAGUCUCAGCCUCCAUCCUGCUCCACCUCAGAGGAAAGCCCCCACCCCUGCACUUCUUUAUUCAUUAAUAUCUGUCUGGGUCUGGCUCCUGGACACCGUUUGUUUGCUUCUCAGCCUGAUAAAAAAAACCCUCAAAACUUAGUCUGACCUCGCUGCACACUUAGAUCUCAGCUUGUUAAUUCUUAAAAUUUCAGUUUUUUUCCUUUAUGAUAAAGAAAAAACUUCAGGAAAUGUUUGUAGCACUUUUGCAUGUGUUUAUGUUUCAGAAGAAACUUCACAUUGAUCAGUCAUAAAGGUAUCAGAUAUCUGGGCUCCAAGAAAUCAGAGUAUUGGCCACUGUCCCAGUAAAAGCCUCGACCAAUUACUGUAAAUCUUCUGAUAGAAGCCUAUCCAAAUUAAAAGUAUGGUCCCCUUUUAGUGGCAGUGUGAGUGUUUCAUUUAGGUGCCCAUGCACCUUAAUUGUUGAUCUGGUCUGUCCACUAUGAUUCGCCUGUUUUGUUUUUUAAACUUCACUGAAAUGCGACACGUCAUGUUUACUGUACCUCCUCUUUGUCAGCAUGGGGAAAACAGCAAGCUAGAUGCAGCAAGACUGCAAAAUUUUCACAACAACAAAAUGCAGGAAGACGCUUAUCUUUUAAGAUUACAAAACACAAAAGUUCAACUUCAGUUUAUGCCCAAGAAAGAUGGCAAAACUGCUGACUGGAGUUGAGGUGAAGAAGGAGGGUUAACAAUCUGAGCAUAUGCACAAAUCAAUCCACAGUGCACAAAGCAUGACAUUAACAUAGUAAGAGGCUUGAAGGAUAGAAAUAAAGGCCCCAAAAAACAACAAAAACUCAUGUAUGUUCAAAGAUAAUUGAAAGCAUGUCCCAAAAAAAAGCCAAGGCAAGUUUGAAGAUUGAAACAAACAAAAGCCCAGGCUGCUAAUUAAAGUUUUAUGGUAAUUUAUUUUGUCUCAAAGAAAAUCUGCAAAAUCUUAGUUUAACUUCUAAUCACACUGGCCUUUUAGAGCUAUGCAGUGCUGACUGAUACUAAAGUCAAUAGUAAGCUUUGAAAGUAAACCUCAGUUGUCAUCUAUGGUCGCCUCAAGAUAAUAAAAGUUAAAUUAUUGAAUAAACUCCCUUAUUUCCUGUCUUGACCAUAAAUCAUUCAUUUAUUUACUGUAGAGUUAAUAUUUUCUCCCUCUCUCGCUCGCUCUCUCUCUCUCUGUCUGACUUCCACUUCUUUCCUUCUUUAUUUCCAUCUCUGCUCCCGUCCUCAGCUGCAGGCUCCAAGUGUGAAAGGCUUUGACUUUGCCAAGCUGCACCUGGGCCAGCAGAGUAAAGAUGAUGUCAUGGUGAUCCAGGAGUCUGUCCCGCCGGGGCCGGGCCCUGGACCACUGCCCACGUCCAUUAAAGACGGCUUCAGCCCAUCUGAGAAUGGAGAAAUCCCAACCCCGGUCUCCAAAGCUUCAGUGAACUCUACCAAGGCUUCACGCAGCAGCAGGAGGAGAGAAAGGUAAAUUAUGACCUAAGUAUGUCUUAAAUAAGCCAACUGAAAUGCCACAAUAAAGGAAAAAGAGGAAAAGAAUCAAAUAAAAUUAAAAAACAGCCAAAUCCUGUUAUAUUUUCAAUGUUUAUCUGUAUUUACAUAGAGUGAAAGGUCCAGGGAUAAAAAAAAGGGAAAAGUGGAAGAUGUUUUUCAUCAGAAACUUUGAAAAAAAAGUUUAAAUGAAAUUUAUAGAAAAAAGUCCUAAUUCAAUUAAAAAUUGGCUCCAGUACUCUGUAGUACAGUUCAGUUAGACUUUCACCAUUUUCGGUUUGCAUAAUGACAAAAAUAUCCUCCUCCAGGUAUUUAUUCAUCCCUGUCCCUGGCCUCUAAAACUCUUCAGUAAAAUGUGAUGGUGUUGUGAUAUUUUUUUUUCAUUUUCAUUUUUAUUUUAUUAAUUUUUUGGGGGGGAAUUUUUGCCUUUAUAGAUAUGACAGGUUGGAAGUAUGGGGGGAUAGAGAGAAAGGGGGGAGGACAUGCAGCACAUGGUCGGGGCCGGACUCAAACCAGCGACCUAUAGGUGGGGCGUGCUAACCUGUUCGGCCAUCUGUGCGCCCCGAUUUUCCUGUUUUUUUAUGAUUUUUUUUUUUCUUGAGGAACUUUAACACCAUUCCCAAUUCCCUGCCUCAUGCUUUAGCAAACAGAAAAAGACAAAAAAUUUAAAGUAUUAUGAGUUGUAUGUCCUCAUAUGACAGCUGGCAGGUUCAAUUCAUCAGGAAUUUAAUCGUCUUGCUGUAAACAUUCUUAUUUAUUUACAACUACGAGAUGUAAGUCAUGUGACCUUUUCUUUAAGGAACCCCCUCCCAACCCCCCCAGGCUUCUACCUUUCUGGGAAAUCACUAUUCGUAUUUAUGCAUGGCAAUUCAAGAUGUGAGUGUGUCCUUUUUCUUCUAUUAUUCAUGUCUAUGUGUUUUUUUCGGGGCAGGAUCUCGCCCUCAGACGGUGACUCGGUGGUGAGUGAUCAUUCAAGUGAGCGAGAAUCAAAUGAGGAGAACCUGAGAGGCCACGCCACGCCCAACGACAGCAAGCAGACCCGCAAAGUGCCCAUCAAUGUUUUAAACGGUGAGUAGCCUUGGCAACGCACACAUCAUUUCCCCAAACAGAGAGAGCGAGCACAAGGGGGGAAGGGAGGGAGGAAACCGAGGGGACAGGACAGAUAAAAAGGAACAACUCAAGCGAGCGUGUGAUCAACAGGAGAGUGGAGUUCAGAGCAGCAGAGACUGUAAUGCUGAAAAAAACAUACAAAAGCGAGAAGAAGACUGAAGGAAGUGCAGCAUCAACCGAAGCAGGGACAUAAAGAUCAGAGAGGAGGACAGAAAAAGUAGGGCCCUGUUUGAACUCUAUUCAGUGGUGGAAACUAGUUCAGAGAGCGGAAAGAGAGAGAGAGAAAAAAAAGAGUAAAGAUAACUGAAGUUACUCUAUCGGACAGCUUGUUGAUAGAUUCAAGCCUGCAAAGCGAUACGUACUGGAGCUAGAGGCAGCCAGGCGAGCAGACUGCAGGCUGACUCACCCUCAGAGGAAUGGUCUCUGUUUUCUUAUUGAUAAAUCUCUGACUGGGACUGCAAACGCUCGGCAACAGCGGGCCUCAUUCACUGAUAUCUGCCCCAUUUCUUUUCUUGAAUAAGCUCUCGAAAAAGUCCUAAAGAAUAGUCGUGGGCAGAUCCAUGAAUCCUUUCCUACGCUGCAGGAUUUUUCACCCCUGUGUUCUCAAAUGAGAGAAUGCUACGCAAUUUAAAGUUGUCAUUUAUUAUUAUUUGUAAAGAAAAAAACUCCUCUGGAGCCCAUAAAAUAACACAAGACUGGGGCACCGGUUACAGCAGCUAUAUGCUGAAGUCCAUGGAGCAGAUCAAAAACAACCUGCAGCCCUUUGCUGCAAAGCUCCACCCAGUCCUUCUCUCUCUUUCCCUCUAGUUUCCUACCCUCUCAUAGUCGUAUGAGGCGUGAAAAUCCACAAAAAUCUGAAAUAUAUUCCUUUGUAAUCUCUUUGUGAAUAUUGAGAAUAAAAAACAUGAUUUUGUAAGAUUCACAAAGACCUCUCAGAAGUGCAAAGAAUUACACAAAGUAUUAAAACUAACAGCCUCGGUACAAGACAUAAAAAAAUCCCACCAACAGAUUUGAAGCUGACACUGGAGGCGAGGAUCAUCAGAAACAGUGACACCAACUCUAUUUCAUUUUUUUUAAAUAAUGACACAGUCUUUUUUUUCUCAGCACUGCAGCUAUGAAACAAACAAACAAAAACUGAAAUAAAACCAUGAGUUGAUUAUCUGUGAGUGAGAUGAUGUUAUUGUUAACGUGUAUAAAAGUUGUGUGUAUAGCUUACUUUCAGGCAGUUGGCAGCCAUACACAUUGUUACUUCACUGACUGAAAAGUACAUCAUGUUAAAAUUUGUACUUAUUUACAGUGUUAAAUAAUACACAGACUAAGGCUGUCUCAAUAUCACAUUUUUACCUCAUGAUUGUGGUGUCCAAAAAGAUUCACAAGAACAAUAUUGAGGUGAUAUUUACAUGAUAUUUACAAGAAAUACCUUGUCCUCUUUCCAAAGUCCAAAAAUCUCCCAAACUGAGAAGGUAACUGUUCUUAGAUGUGGGUAGAGUGCCUGGGUUUCUUUGCCACUGUCAUGGUAACUGUGAACCAAGUUUGUGUUAACAUAAAGUGAAGAGAUUUUUAAGAAAAACUUUGGUAUUGGUCAGAGUAGACAGUGGUAGUGGUGGCAGAGACCCUGGUGAUGUGUGGUGGAGGGGGGUUGCAGCAGUCAGAGCUGGAGCAGAGAGGAGAACUGGUUUAAAGUUUGUGAGCAGAAAAAAGGAUUGGUUAGUAGAGCUCAGGGUACAUCUGGCUGGUAUGAUCAGGUGGUGAAAGACACGAAAUAAAAAAGGAGAGAAAUAAACAGAGUGAUACGAAUGAAUAAGUGACUUCAUGAACCAGUUUUUCUAAUUAAACAUCGAGCUUUGUUUGGUAAAUGAGGCUAAAUGCUCAAAAGUUUUCUGCAGGAGAGAAACAGAAAUUUUAAUUUUUUGUCUUACUUUCAUCUCUCUCUGUCUGUGUUUGCAUCAGUGUUUUCUUCCCUUUUUUUCGUUUGUCUGAUUUCUGAAGUUCACACGAGCAGAAGAGAAGCUUUCAUCAGCCGGGAAUGACUCAUUUGCCUUCCCUCUCUCCCUCUCUCUCUCUUCCUCCCAUCUUUAUUUUUCUUCUUCACAAUGUCGAAGCUGCAGUCUUGGUUUUAGGCUCUUUAUUUUCAUUGUAAACAUACUGUACCUACUUCUUUUCUCUGCUGUUUUUAUUUGACCUCUUUCACUUCAGUAAAACUCUUUCUUCUCUCUGUUGUGGUUUCCAGGCAAGAAUAGAAUCGGUAAGAGUUUGUCUUCUCUCUGUCUGUGUCUCUGUAGACCUCAGGUCUGACCUCCAGCAGCUGUGUCUGUGUGCUUUCUGUCUGUCUGUCUGUCAGUCUGUUUGUCUCUGCUGGCUUUGUGCUCAGCCUGUUCACACCAUCCAUCACUGUCUGCUCAGCUGUCAGUCACACUGAAGAGACCGUCAAACAAAGGCUGAGCCAUUGUUUGAAAUGAAGUUAAGCUGUUAGAAAAAGAGUCAGAGUUCAUUUCAUGUUCCCACCGGAAAUGUUAACCCUGGGCUUUUUUUACACCUCGUGUUUCAGAUGUAGUUAUAUCACCUUUAGACAUUAACCACCUCUCCUCCAUCCCCUAAUUUAUUUCAACACUUGCUUAUGGACUCGUAGCGACCUUGUUUGGACUGCAUAACAGCCUCUUUUUCUUAACCCUCUCCCCAGGUCCUCCUCCAAUGAACGGUACAAACGAGCACGUGUCCUCGGCGUCCAUCUUUGAACAUGUUGAUCGGAUGUCUCGAGCCACAGAGGCCAGCAGGAGACUCCCCAACAAAGUGCAGCUGAUCGCCAUGCAGCCUAUGCCUAUCCCCCCUCUGCGCAGCCCCCCCAUCAACGGAAAACUGUCCAACACCAACCAGAUCAACAAAGAGGUUUGUUUGACUCACCACUUUUGGAAAAGACUGCCCUCCCUGGCAAAUAGGAUAAACUUGAGUACAAAUACAAUGUUUUUGUUUAUUUCCAAAACACGUUUGCAGGCUUUGUGGAACUUAAGCAGCACGAGGACAUGUAUUUCUUAAAUAAAGUCACCAAGAUAUUACAUCUUUUUAAAAAACAAAUGGGCGCAACAAGUUAGUUUGGUUGUAAAGGUGAUUAAUUAUUCCUAAAACAGUUAAAAGAAACUUGAGUUUCGUUCAUAAUGCCUCAAAGAUUAGUCUUCAAAAAUAACAUUGACCCCUGAUUAUGAAUACCUCCUAAGGGUUUUUUCUCUUUUAUUCCAGAGUUAUUUGUUUGAAAAAUAUGAAGGCGUCAUCUUUUUUUUUUUUAAUUGCAGUUAAAAUUUCGAUAUCGAAUCAAGCUGCGCCUCUGUUUCUUGUGUAAUCUCGAGGAUAUGACUAAUGUUAGACACUUUCAGCCAUCUUUUAAGGUUCUGACACAAAGAAAAUGUUUUAAUUAAAAUAAAAUUAACUCGGAAUAAAGAAGUAAAAUUAUGAAAAUUAAGUCAUAGAAGGAAACUUGCAAAUUUAAAAGGAAAAGUCAUAACUGAGCCAAAACAAAGCUACAGUUCAAGAGUCUGGGUUUCAUGUUUGAAAGAUAAGGUCAAUUAUUGAUAAGAAGAAAAUCGUAAUUCUGUGCAGCUGCCAGUUAGUUGACCCCACUUCAAAAGGGGAGUGGCUAGUGAUGAUAUCAUGACUGGAUUUUCCAACUUAAUUUUUCAAUAUAUUUAAUAAGACUAAUAAUAAUAAUAACUAAUAACUAAUAAUAAAAAUAAGACUUUUGUUUUCAUACUCUUCAUACUCAGAUUUUCCUUUUUUCCCCUUUUUUUAAAUUCUGCCCCUGUUGUAGAUUCAAAGCAAGAAAACUAACAGUUGGCUUGCAAAAUAAAAUGCUAUUACCACUGUACACAUAUGACAUGAAGUAACUGUAGUGGGGUGUUACAUUAGUAGAAACCAACAAGAACUGUUUAUCAGAAAGUACACAGGUCAGAUUUUCAAGCUUUUGUCUGACAAAGUCCCAUUUCUCCAGAUUCAGGUAGCACUGAGGCACAAAUCAGAGAUCGAACAUCAUCGCAACAAGAUCCGCCUGCGCGCCAAGAGGAAGGGCCACUAUGACUUCCCCACCAUGGACGACGUGAACGGUGGCCUUACAGACGCAAAAGACCAAGAUCACAUCUAUCAGAAAGCUCAGUUUCAGAUUGAUAAGAUACUGGACCCGGAAGCUCAGAUGCCAGCCAUCUUCAUGCACUCCAAGAAAAGGUCAGGGCUCCGUUUUGUCAGACAUGUAGCUGUUUUAUUAUCCUGACUUUAGGUUAAAAAAACAAAACUUUUUCAUUGUUGAAAGUCAUCAUUUUUUAAUAUCUUUCCUCAGUGUUCGAGGGAGGCGCUCUCCCAAACAGAGGAUGAAGGAGCAGUUAAAUGGAGGCAUGAUGGAGGCAGACAAAGAUCAGCUCAUCACAGAGGACAGUGAUGCCGCCUACAGGAAGUGUCCUGGAGUCAACAAUGUGGCCUAUGUGGUGAGUAGCGCACAGUAGUCAGACCACUUCUACGCUAUUUUAUCCACAGCUGCAUUGGGCAGACUCACUAUUGUAAUUGGCCAAGCAGAAGGUUGCUAAAAAGAGUAGUAGUGCUCGGGUCACAGCUUUGAUUGCAGACCAGGGAAAGAGACUGCCAGGCAAACAUGAUACAACACAAUAUAACAUGAUACAUUAUGAAAGAAUAUGACCCAAUAUAAUAUGAUCAUAACAUAACAACAUUUUCAAAUCAAGUCAGUGACGUAAAAUUCGGGUUUUUGAAUCAUAAUUUUGUAUCUUUAUUAUAUAGAAGAGUUAUAAACAUUGUUAUGUUCAUGGACUCACAGACUUGCCGUAUUCUGUCCCAUUACUUUUAAGCCAUUUACUCUCUAAUCUCUACAACUCCAACAGUGCAUUAUGUGUUGUUUGUUAUUGCAGUCUGAUCCUGACCAAGCCCCAGGAUCUCCUCACAGGAGCCCCUCCCCCACCGACGAUGUCUUCCUCGGUCCCGCUUCCUCUCCUCCAGGCCACGCCCCUCCCCCACCGCCCUACAUGCCCCCACAGCCCUCCAUCGAGGAGGCCCGGCAGCAGAUGCACUCUCUGCUGGAUGACGCCUUUGCCCUCGUGUCACCCACCUCUCAGGGCAGCACGGCGGGGAUCACUCUCCCAGGGGUCAACAACAACAACCAGUCUGGCUCAAGCCCUCCUGGACGUGGUCCCAGACCUUGGGGUCCUUCGUACCAAGCUCUCGGUCCUUUCACUGGAGUGAGUAACCACAUUUGGCAUUUAGAUCUACAGGAUUAUUAUGAAGUGCACAUGCUCACGAUAUAGACUGUUUUUCCUGCACACAACCAAAACCUGCAAACAGAAACAAAAACCCAGACUCCUAAAUAUUGCCCUUGAAUUACAAACUUUCAAUGCAUGUUUACAAUCUGUUUAGAGAAAGUGGUCAGCAUCUCGGUGUCCUGCCCCCAUCAGUGUAAUCAGAAAAGGCUUCUGCACCUUCAUACUGCAGCAGAAGAACAUACUCUGGCAUGCAUCCGUCAGUUUGAGCAAUAUAGAGACAGACCAACAGAAAUAAGCCCCCUGUUUGUUUCGGAAUCAUCAUGAGUAGUUAAAAGACCCUUGUUAAAUCCCGUGUCUUCACUAUCUCCUUCCUUUCUCAAGUUUUUUUUUUUUUUCACAGCUUAUUAACAGCAUGAAGCCCACAGCUCCAAGUUUAAUCAUGUCCACUUAGCAACCUAAUCAGUUAAGUAUCCUCCAUCUGUCACCCCCAAUGGAGCUGCAACCUUUAACCCUCCUGUCCUGUCAGCUACCUGCAGUUCAAAGACUGGACACGGAUUUAUCCCUUACCUGUGUUCGUUUAUACCACUCUACGCUUAGUUAAAAUGUUUUUAACGCUUCAAGUAUAAGCUCAGGGUUUCUAUUAUUUUUGUGUUCAUCUUAAGUUGAUUUAAUAAGAGAUGCUUAAUACUUUAACAUGUUGAUGAAGCACUGAAAUAUCUUUGCACAUAUAGAUUCAGGUCUGUGGAAAAACUGCCAAAUGACUAGUAUCUUUCAUAUUUAAGCUGAGACCUAGGUGAGAAUUCAAGCUCAUGCAGGUGGGCGUUAUGAAAUAGUACGCCGUCUAAAGAUUGUAGAGAACUGUAAUAGGAUUACAGGAAGGUGUAAGAUAUUUCUGCACAUUCAAUCACUCGGAUCAGACCUGUUUCUAGCUGUAUUAUAAACCUGCAGGUACAAUAGUGUGUCAUCAACUCUCUCAGGACAAGAACAAAUUUAGUGUUUAGUAGUUUUGUAAUCCCACCCUGACUGUAGCCUAAUCAUCACUGUAGUAAAUGGGUUUUGUUUUUGCAAACUGAUGAACAAUGCUUGAGUGCAUUUUACAGCUAUCAACAUUGAUCUCUACUGAAUCCUUGAAUAUUCACCCCAGGCGGCAAAUAUAGAGGGAGACCCAAAGGGAGCAGUGGGGCCAUAAAAGCUAUUUGCUGGUUGGGCUUUUGCAGGUUCACUGCUUUAAUGUGCUAUGAAAGGUCAGCUGUUAGAGUGAAGGAUAUCCAAGAGAACCUACUUGGGGAAAAACAAGGCUGGUUAAUACCAAACAUAAAGUACUCCCAGAAUAUUUUAUAUACAGUUUUGGUUUACUUUUCCAAAGAAUUUCUGCAUUAUGAAGACAAUAUGAAGACUCAGGGUUCCUACGCAAGUAUGUAAAGUAUGCAAAUAAAUUUGAUCCAUUCCCAGGUCUUAAAAAGUAUGGAAAAUGAAAAAUAAAGUAUGGGAAAUUAUUUAUGUUUCCAGAUUCUUACCACAGUUCUAAAAUACUGUUUUCUAAAAUAGAAAAGUAGGUAUUUCCAAAAAAGAAAUCUAAAAGGUAGGGUAUGGAAAAGUAUGGAAAUUUCAACUGUGUAGGAACUCUGAAGACUUAUCUAUUUAUUAUUUUAUGCACCUUUUAUUGAAUUUUACACUUAACUGUUUGCACCUGAUAGGAUCGCACCCAAUGUAACAUAAUAACUCUGACAGAGAUUUUGAAAUAUUGAAGAGUUGGAGACGAUAAUUUCAGACAGUUAUUAGUUUAAAAUAUAAUAGAAGUGAAGAGUGAUUUAAUAGUAUCCAUUCUACAGAAUAAAAACAUCCCCUUCAUACCUGCAUAUACCUGCAAACAUUGAUGCGGUAAUAUCAAUAUGAGAAGUAAAGGUACUUAAGUAAGUAUAAUCCUGGAUCCUGUGUGUAGCUUAGUGUAAUACUGAAUUUUGAGAUGGUUUUAUUGUAUACUGAGAAUGUCGCUUCACUGUAAAUGUUUAUUCACACUCAUUAUUUUUGCACUAUACUUUUCUUGAUUAACGUCUCAUUUCUUGUUCUUCUUUGUUCUCUCCAGAGAUUCACUGAGCUGGGCAUGCCCCCCACUUCUGUCCCAGGCCUGACACCAAGGUUGGUAGACCGGUCGAUGGAAAAUUGAAUAUCCAUGUAUGAAUUAAUAAGUAAAGUGCUUAAAUGACGUUCACUCCCUCCUAUACCGAAACGAUCUCUAAUUGAUCAGCAGAGACGAAGUUCAUGGCACUUAACCAGCAGGAAUGUUUUUCCUUCGAAUGCAUCCAGUGAGUCGACCUCGUGAAUAAUGAAACCAGUCAUCUUUAUUUUAUUGGUUUAAUGGAUCAGCUCCAGGCAGAGGUCCCUUAACUGUCUCCAAAGGACUGAGGCACUCAUACAUGCCUAUGUUAAAACACAGAUACGCACAAUGGACAUUUUUCAUGAGCUCAGUUGGUUUUCUAAGAAUCAGAGCGAAAGUUAUCAGUGGUCCAGCGACUUCAACCGCAGAAUAAAAACCCUUUUAAAAAUGUACUCUUAUUAAAGAGUCUGCCCUGGCUUUCCUUUGAUUCAUAUUUGUAUUCUUUGAAACCUCUUUUAAAAAUCCUUACAUGUAACUACAUGUUUGUGUGAAAUCUAUUGCUAUCUCUCUGAAAGCAGAAUCUCAUUUCCUAGCAUAUCUCUUUAUUUGCCAUCUAUUUUAAAAGUGAAUCAUUAUCAGUGGUGUUUUAAUUGCUGUUGUAUAAGAGCAAGAGAGGCAGGCGUCACUUGGUUGGACUCUGUAAAUAUAAAAUCUUUUAAGGUACAUCAUGUAGAAAUGAGAAUAUGGAGAGAUAUCUUGUUGUGAGACUCCAAUUAGAAACGCCACGAAAAAAAAAAAAAAAGGGGUAAUUUCAUGCUAAUUUAAACACAUCCAUGGAUAUUUUAUUAGAUUUUAGUCUAAUUUAGUCUGUUUUGCUUUAUGUCAAAAACGACCACAAAAUGUAACUUAAAACUAUUUCAACUGCAUUUUAACAGUUUCAAGGCAAUAUUUUAACACAAAAAGUGAAAGAAAUCAUAAAAAGUUGUGGAAAAACUUCUCAAAAGUCAUGCAUGGAAACAAACAUGUUAGAUACAAAAACACUACCACUGGAUUGAAAAUAAAGAGAGAAAAUAUUGCUUUGAUUCCCUUUUGUUUUUACUAUCAUGAUAACACUCCUCUUAUUGUUGAUGUCAUGAUGUGCACCAUAAGUCGAGCGCAUUGAGUAAUCGAUGCAAACCAGCGCUAAGAGUGACAAGAUGACAGUGUCUGCAUAUGUAAGAUGGUUAAAAAUUGUAUCCCUAUUUUGACAAAUCAUUCCCAUAAGACUGUACUGCUAGAAACUGAGAGGAUGGUUAAAGAGAUUUUUUUGAACCAAACAUUUUUCACUAGGUCAGUGCUAAGUAAACUAAAACGCCUCCAUUUGUGUUUCAGGCAGGGCCUUGGCUCCAGUUACCUGCCACCAGGAGAACCACCUGGCCUCAGUGAUCAGAUCCAGCCGGACAGCCUGUUUUCCAGCAGGGGACUCUACACUGACGAGCUCCCCUCUUCUGCAAGACCGAGGCCUGUGGGGGGAACGACAGGUACAUCAUGUAGAAAUCAUGCACAUGCAGACACAUAGAAAAAAACCAACCACAAAUCUGCACACAAGUCCAGAAUUCAACCAUGAGGUACAUUCAUUUCCUCUUCUUACUCCAAUGUGUCCACCACUGGUAAUAACCACCAAAGCCCUCUGUGUUAUCCGAGUCCUUGUGCUUUUAUACCCUAUAAAAGCACCUUUGGGAUUCCCCUUGUCCAAUCAGAUAACUUGUAUGGGACUAGCUGCAUGUGGGGCCGCAGUACUGUUCCUUCAUAGAGUUAGACACCUCCAGUCCAUACACCUGUCAAACUGAGAGAGCCUGUCUAUCUCUUAAAUUAUUCAGGCAGCCAGUGUGAGGCUGCUGCUCCUGCCAUGUGACGUACACUAAUACAAAUGGAGUCUGACAUUUGCCAUACAGAGAGCAGCUCAGCAGACACAGUGCUCCUUAGACCGGAGUGAUCGCAUCAAAGUUUGAGGAAGGAGCUGCUGAGGAUUGAGUGUCAGGUCCUGUAGCUCUGAUGUAAUAUGCGUUUGUGUCUGUGUGUGUGUGUGUGCGUGCAGGUGCCCAGCUCCAUCAUCUUGCACAGGUGGGAUUGUCAAGUCGCUUGAAUGGUUACCCAGCAGGGGUCAGGGCUGCUUCAGGCCAGAAUGGAGGGAUCGGCUGGAACCACUACCAUGAUGAGAAUUUCUCCAGGACAGAGCCUGAGAAAGAGGUAGAGAGAAAAUCACUCGUUUCACUUCUACAAGAUUGAGUCUUCUCUUCUACCUGUUCAAACUUCACACAGUACAAAGGUUUAAGAUCUGUUUUGCACAACUGUUUCAUGUGUAUUUGUUUACUGUUUCAUUGUAUCACGUGUGUUCAUAUUUUGGGGGAAAUCCAAAAAGCAAGAUGAACUGAUCCAAUUCUGAUAAACAUGUUUUUGUAUGUUUUAUUUAAAGCUCCCAAAAAUGGCAAAACCAAACACUAAUGUAAACACUCAUCAGAGCACCAAAUAUCAGGGAUGUCACGAUAUGAUAUUGAUAUUGGAUAUCGAUUUGGUAUUAGCAAAAUAACGAAUACCGGAUUAUAUCGGCCUGCAUCUAAAAUCCCUGAUAUCAGCACUCCGAUACAGGCACACCAUUCCAGACUCCACUUCAGCACCUCUAUCUUGCAGCACCCGGAAUCAGCAUACAGUGCCCGCGUAAUCACAACAACAGGGUGCACUAAGGUACUAACAAACUAGCAAGGAGCAGGAGUGAUGUCGGUCAUAUUGGCUGUGAUUUGUUUAAGGCCGAAAAAGUUGUUGCAGCCAAGUGCAAAACAUGUCAAAUUUGUGCAAAUAUCAGAUCAAUAUCAGUAUCGGCCAAUACUGAAGGCUACAAUAUCUGUAUCGAAUCAGAAGUAAAAAAUGUUGUAUUGUAACACCCCUAUCAAAUAUGUCAAAAUCUGCCUCAAAACACUCCCUAAUAAGCACAGGUAAAUCCAGUUUCAGUAUUAUGCUAAAAACCUCAGCGCCCACCACUUUACACAUGUACAUAUACUUGUGACUUUAAAGCUUCUGUAGCGGGUUUAUAGCAGAUUAUAAACAGACUGAAAUUAGUAUUCAUGUCUGAACAUGGUCUACAAAAGCAAACAAGACCAUCAGGCUGAAAAUAGCUGCAAAUUGCCUUGUAACUGCAGUGCCUCCUUUUUACUGUUUUUAUCAGUCUCACAUGGGUUUUCAGUGAUGUCUGCUCUAUUCUAUACACAGCGGUCUUUGCUGGUCCUCUUCCUUCCUUGACUUUUCAUACAUGCACAUAAAACAGGGCAGCUGUGCUCUCCCUGCCACAGGCUUUAGCAUUUCACAUGAGUACUUGAAAAAGCAGGGAAAUCUUCAAACAGGCAUAUCACCAAAUAUAAUUUAGACUACAGUGGUCCUGACUGAAAUGCAGACAGUAUUAUAUCACUAACAUUAGUGCGUUAUACACACUUUAUCAUAUCUUAUUCUAUUUAAAUGUGACAGUUUAAUUUCAAAAUAAAAGCAGUGUGCUUGUCUCAUUAUUACUGGCAAUUAAGUUUUCCUUUGUAAUGCAAGAUUUGGUCAUCAAAAAUGUUCUUUUUAAGUCUAGUCAUAAAAAGGUAAGGCUGACUAACAGUGAGACUGCAGAGUUAGGCAGCUUUAAUAUUGAAGCUGUUUCAAACAGGCUUUCUUUGAUGUUGUUGUUCUGCUCAAAAAAUCUCUCAUAACUCCUUUCUUCUUGCAGACUCUUUAAUGCUGUCUCACUUCAUAUUCUCUGUUUUCUUGUUAAUUUUUCCUCCUUUCUUCUCUUCCUUUUGUCUUUACUCCUUCCUGCCUUCAGUUCCUGGACUGUCCUGACUACUCGUCCUCCUCUAUGUUCCAGACGCCUAGGAGUGUCAUCAGGGAGCCCUUGGCACCCUCUGCUCACCUGGACACACCUGGUGUGGGCUACCUGUCAGCCCCGCCUCCUCUGGAUACAUCCCCUCCUACCCACACCUCUGCCUCCCUCAUCAAGGCCAUCAGAGAGGAGCUGCUGCGCCUCUCCCAAAAACAGGCAGCUGUGCCCAGCUACCACAGCUGA